GUGCGACCCUUGGCGGGCGGUGUUGGCGCUCUGUGCUGCUGCUGUUUCUUCUGCUGCCGCUUUCUGUCAAAUCCCGUGGUUCCGGUGUGAAAGCCGUGUUCCUUUCACCUUCCCGGUGCAAUGGCGCAGAGUACCCCGCCUGUUUUUCCAGCUGUUCAGGCCGGGCUAAGGGAGGCCUUGUUGGAGACCCUGAGUGGCAUCCUUUCUCCUGGACAUGAGGUGCGAGCGGCAGCGGAGGAACAGCUCAAAGUGUUAGAAGUGACUGAGGGUGAGUGACAGGGGGGCGGACGUGGCUGCCAGAUAAAGAACUUUUUUUGUGGGAUGCUAAUGAGUUCUAAAAUCCCAUGCGAUUUAAAGAUAGAGGAUUUCAUCCAUCAGACCCUGGAUAGAGAGCUAGGAGACCAUAGUCUUACACCCAGGGGGUAAGAGCUUCCAGUUCAUUUAAUCUAAAACCAGGGGUUUGACAUGUGCUCCACAUUUUGUGCAGGGUAUUAGCAUAGUGUCCUGUUCUUAAAUUAGGAAGUGAGUUUGGGGCUAAUUUUUAACUUUAAAUACCAGUAGCAUAAUCCUAAAAAAAUAUAUAUUUUCCCAUUGUUAACGUGUCUCUCAUCUUUUCACUGUGAUAAGCGAAGAUGGUACUUGUGUUUAACCAAUUGCAUGAGGUCAAAAAGAAUCUAAAAUGCAUGUUUCAACCAAUGGGUGUCUCUUAAAUAACAUGACCCAGCUUUGUGUACUGAUCAAAUGUACUAUGUGAUAGAACCAAUAUUAUUUUAGGUAAAUAUUUAACAUGUCCUAUGUUGAUACAUCUUUUCACGUUGUUACUUUUGUUUAUUUUGGCUAUACAUUGUUUCCACUCACUUCAACAGAGUUUGGGGUGCACUUGGCAGAGCUGACUGUGGAUCCACAGGGUGCCCUUGCCAUCCGACAGGUAGGACUUUUGACAUUAUUGCGACAACUACCAUGAAUUUAUGUGUGCCCGUAAAUCGCUGCUUCAGGGACAAAUUCAAUAAUGCUACAUAAGUGUGUAUCAUGUUUGGUCUGAGUCACUUUUAGGCUUGGUUAGAAUUUCUUGCAAAAACUAAGGAUUGCUGCAAAUACAGUAACUUAAUAUCUUGAAUCUUGAUAAAUGUUUAUUAAGUUUUAGUCAUCCUCUUAGCAUGUUUUGCACAUUUUUUUUUUUUUGGAUACCUAAAAGUGUGUUAACUCUAACCUGUGGUGUUCCUUUAACACGACUAAUCAUGGUUAAUGAUAACUGUUUUUUGUGCAAGGUGAAUAUUUGUCAUAAUACAUUUUUAAUUGAGAAUUUUAUGUCUUCCUAGCUGGCAUCUGUGGUGUUAAAGCAGUAUGUAGAAAAUCACUGGUGUGCCCAAUCAGAGAGGUUUAGAUUGCCUGAGACCACAGAAAGGGUAAGUGUCAGGGCGAGAGAAUAAUUUAUUUUAUUUACACUAAUCCAGAUGAUGCAUACGUAGGUAUAUUUAUUUUAUUACCCUUCAGGCAAAAGCUGCCAUUCGUCUACUUCUCCCCCGUGGUUUGAGGGAAUCUAUCAGUAAGGUGCGAUCAAGUGUGGCAUAUGCUGUGUCUGCCAUUGCCCACUGGGACUGGCCUGAGGCAUGGCCACAACUCUUCAGUCUGCUUAUGGAAAUGCUGGUGAGCGGGGAAGUUAACGCUGUACAUGGGGCAAUGAGAGUUUUGACAGGUAACUAUAUAUUGAUAUUCUUUUUAAUAUAUUAAAUUUGGAAACAUCCAUUAUUUGUAGUCUUUAAAAGAAAAAUCAAUGCACCAUAACCACUGCAGUCUCUUGUAGUUAUGUUGCCUGGAACCUUCCCAGUAUCAUUUGUCAAAUCAUUUUUAGAAUGACACGACAACUUACCUGGGUCCCACUAGGCCCCUGUAGCCGCAUUCAAUGCUACUGCAGAACGUUAGUUAGCUUACUGAGCUAGGCAAGGCUGCCCUGCCAUGCAGCUUCUCCUGCAUGGAAAAUCCAGGUGCUAUGUACUGUGGAAUGGCACGGGGGAACUUUUGGCACCAAAACAACUACAGCAAUUGUUGUGAUUAAUGUGCUUGUAGUGUCCUAUUAAUCUAAAUAUGUCUUUUAAAAUGGUUUAACGAGGGAACAAAACCUUGAUAGUCACUUGUAACUUGUGUCAAACUUUUCCAUGUUGUGUGUUUUUUUUUUGUUUUUUUUUAUAUAUACUUGUGUGUGUAUUGAGCAAAUAUGAGGUCUUGUCAGCCAUACAUUUUUCUGAAAUCAAUUAAAUGCCUACCAUUAAGCAGAUCAAUAAAAUUGUUGACCACAUGACAUACUUGAAAAAUUGCAAAAUGUACCUUGAUGUCAUUGAAUCUUAUGUUAUCUAAUCCUGGCCUUUUGUAGAGUACUCUCUCCCUGCGCAGUGUAAUAUAAAUAUUGGUACACUCAUGACCCUCCACUUGGGGACGAACACAAAAUAGCUAAAGGAAACAGACUUUUGUAUCAGUCAGGCAGAAUGCCCCAUUGACUCCUUACCUCUGUGGUCUUCCAGUCACUGCCUUUAUGAGAGCUAGAGUGUUCCGUUAAAUAUGGAACUAAAAAAUAAUCACUUAUCAUGAUAUUCAAGACUUGUUGACAUAUGUGAAAAGAUUGUAGCUCUGAGAAAUUACAUUUAUUUUGCAUUUAUUCUUUUUUCUGUAGAAUUUACAAGAGAAGUAACAGACACACAAAUGCCUCUGGUUGCUCCCGUAAUUCUUCCAGAGAUGUACAAGAUAUUUACUAUGAGUGAGGUAUGUAACAUGAUAUGAUUGGCAGUUGCAAUGUCUCUAAAUUAUAGUUUGUGGCUAUAAAUGACAAAUCUGAUAGCUGUAUUAGCCUGUCCCAGUUCAGAAUCUCAGGCAUUUAAAUACUGGAUCUUAAGCUGCUAACUGGACACUACUCAUAAGUAUUUGCCAGUGGAGGGGUUGGGGGGGGGGGGAGUUAAACAUGUAUAAACAAUGCAUGGGUAUUGUACUAAAACUGACAUUUAGAUUUGUCUUAUUCUGUGUUGGACUGAAUUGGAAAUAAUUCGUAUUUGUAGUUUUUGAUUGAUAUGUUGAUAUUUUGUUUUGGGGGUUGAUUUUAUCAGUAGUUGCAUUCUGAAGCCACAGCUAUAGUGUUCAUGGGGGCUCCAGGACCAGAGCUACUACCAAUACUACAGCUUCUCUUAAGACUUUUUAAAAGUAAGCAAACAAAAGGGGUCUCCCUAUUAAAUAAAAUAAUGGGGAAGGAAGGGAAUUGUCACUUUAAAAAAAAUUUGCCCUGUAGAUGAGGGAGGGAACUUGCUACUGGCAAGUGAAAAUUCAGCUCUGUAAGCUUUAAAUAAGAGAGAGCAAGGCCCUGGCAGUUUGAUUCUUUGUGGAGGCUGUUGAUAUAUGGCAAUCAGCCCUCACCUGUAGCAAUGGAGUACUAAAGACUAAUGAAAAGCUUACUUCCCUCCUGGACAGGCUGUAACAAAUAGGAAAUCACUGGCAAGUUAUUUUCUUCUACCUUCAAGCCAGUCACUGAACUGUUUCACUUCUACAUUAUUGCAAAAUUCAGAUGAUCUUAUAAAAUCGUUUUUUUUUUUUGUUUUUUUUUCUCUUCUUUCCAUAUUUAGGUCUAUGGGAUUCGAACUCGUGCACGUGCUGUGGAAAUUUUUACAACUUGUGCGCAUAUGGUAUGCACCAUGGAGGAAAUAGAGAAGGUCAGUAAACAUGUGAAAGCAUUACCUUUUAUUUACGUGUCUGUGUGUAGGUAUAAUUCAAGAAGCAUGAAUAUUUAAAAGAAUACUUAAAGCACCAUAAUCACUACACUGUGCUUGUGUAGUGAUUAUGGUGCCUUGGUUCCCCUUCGUGUAAGCAGUCACAGUUUUAUUGAACGGUUUGGACAGGUGCCCCUGUCUGCUCCUCUGAAGCCUCCGUAGACCUGGAAGCACUCUGCCUAACCUAAGUCUGGUGGUGUAGGGCUUAGAUCACUGACUGAGACCGACCAGCUGUCGCUCUCAGCCAGUGAUCUGGUCCUGCAAUGCAGGGGUUUUGCUCAGGAGAGCUAACGGAAGCUCCUAGUCAGAGCUUCUGGCUCUCCUGAAGCAUGCAGAAAGGUGGUUAGUGGUGCUCAGCAGAUCCAGGUAACAAGUCAAACGAAUGGUCCAGCACCCUCCAAACAUAAUCUAGUGUUGUUUUUAUUUAGUGCGUAGUGGAAACACAAACCACAGUGCUUCAGCUCACACAUGAGCCCUUUUUAAGUUCUAUAACCUAUUGACUACUUACAUUGUGGGGUGUGGGUGCAAGGAGGAUGCUGUAGUGUACAAAUCCCAUGAUUAUCAGCCUAUCUAUUUAAUUCAUAGAAUCAUUGGAGUUGUAGUUCAGCAACAUCUGGAGGGCCAGAGUUUGGAGAAGCCUGCUGUAGUAGUUAUAGUGCUUUAAAUCUUGCUUAAGCUUAAUAUGAAAAACAUGAGGAGUAUGAUAUUUUUUACACUUAUACAUAGAAUAUGUAUUCUUUUAAUGGUGUGUACAACCAUUUAUAACUUACCCAAAGAAUAUCCAAACCACUAUUAUUUUUGUGUUUGUGAAAUACAAAUCUAUAUAGAGAGAGAUACAAUAAAACUAAUUAUAAAAGUUUUGAACACUAAUAUUUCAUGGUGUAAUCAUAAUGCAGUCAUCGUGGUCCUUGGAGAAGACUUUUAAGACGCGAUCCAACUGGAGACUUAAUGAUAAAAAAAACGAAAUCUAGAGAUAAUUAAAGAAACCACUGUGAUUUAUUUAUUUUUCCUCUGAGGAGAUUUCUUCCCCAAUUAUCUGGUGCAUACAAAUGUACAGUUAGAGGCAUUUUUGAUCAAACUUGGUGCCCAAGAAAAAAGGCUCAGAGGGGCAAGCUUAGCUGAAUUAUACAUACAACUAGAUGAGCUGGAAGUCAAAAAUAAGAGCGGACCCACAAAGGAAAAAAGCGAUAUCAGAUUAAUAAACUACUGAUUCAGAAAGCCAAUAACACCCUAGACUCUAGGGCCUAGAGAAUCUCAAAAGAAAGUGGUACUACAGAAGGAAAAAAGCUGACAAAUUAAUGACAAUAGAUUGAAAAAUGAAAGAGCAAGUAAAAUAGUCUCAAAAAUUACUUAGUCCUGAAAAAAUUAGUAAAGCUUUUCGAGAAUUCUACUCUGGUUUGUACAAUCUGCUGAGGAUCCUCUGCGAAUGUCAAAUAUUUUUUCUUAAAUAUAAUCUUCCAAAAAUUUCUAAAUAAUACUUAUCUAAUUUAAACACACCUAUUUCAGAGAACGAAAUAGAAAAUGCUAUAAAGAAAAGUAAUUAAUUCAAAUAAAGCACCUGGUCUAGAUGGAUAUGACAACAUUUAUUUCACUCAGAGAUAAGCUUAACCCCUUCCCGACUGGUGACGUACCAGGUACGUCCUCCAAACAACGGUCUGUAAUGACUGCGGACGUACCUGGUACGUCAUUUAGUAAAUCUCCACUUACCUGACCGCUUGCCAUCCCCCGCCGGCGAUUGUGAUCAUGGGGUCUACCUUGGAGCUCAGGCAGACCCCCCACUGCCCAAUCCGGCCCUCCCGCCCAUGUGAUCACGGGGCUGACUUGUGCAGUGCCUGCGGGGGGGCCUGUCUGAUCUCUCAGGCAGUCCUCCUUGUACCUGAAAAAGUUUCAAACGUUAAAGUUAAAUAAAAGGUUUUAAAGUCUAUGGAGCUGCCAACAGGGGUACUGUCUGAGCUGUCAGGCAGUCCCCCAGGCUGCUAAAAAGUUUUUAAAAAAUAAAUAUAUUCAACAUAAUGCUAAUUAAAGCAUUUUAUAAUAUAUUAUGCAUAUAUAUGAUUUCAUUCUAAGUGUACUUUGAGAUAGAUAGAUAGAGAGAGAGAUAUAUAUAUAUAUAUAUAUAUACACACACAUAUCAAAAUACUCUGAUAAUGAAAUCUUAUAUAUGUAUAAUCUAAAAUGCUUCAAUUAUUUUAUAAUAUACAUAAAUAGGAAAUAAGUGUGUGUGUGUGUGUGUGUGUAUAUCUAAUUUAAAUUGAUUUUCUGAGUGGUAUGUUAAUUCCUCAUUAUCGGGGCCAGAGGCUUGGGAGUUUGAGGGUUCUGCGCAGUAUCUUAGCUGUUCCUAGAACUGCACUCUUAUGGACAGCGAUCUCAGAUGUCCCACCUGGAAUCUGUUGAAGCCACUCCCCCAACUUGGGAGUCACAGCCCCGUGUGCUCCUAUCACAACUAGUACUACUACUGCCUUCACUUUCCACAUCCUUUCUAGUGCUUCUUUCAGUCCUUGGUAUUUGUCCACCUUCUCAUGUUCCUUCUUCCUAAAGUUCUAGUUACUGGGUAUUGCCACAUCCACCACGACUGCAGUCUUUCGUUCCUUGUCUACCACCACGAUAUCUGGUUGGUUGGCCAGCAUUUGCUUGUCUGUCUGGAUCUUGAAGUCCCACAGGAUCUUAGCCCUGUCAUUCUCAACUACCCUUUGUGGGAUCUCCCAUCUGGACUAAGGCAGGUCCAAUCCAUAUUCUGUGCAGAUGUUUCGGUACACAAUCCCAGCAACUUGGUUGUGUCUCUCUGUGUAUGCUGUUCCUGCUAACAACUUGCAUCCGGCUACUAGGUGCUGUACUAUAUCAGAGGCCUCUUUGCACAGUCUGCACCUUGGGUCUUGCCUGGUUUGGAAGACUCCAGCUUCUAUUGAUCUGGUGCUGAGUGCCUGCUCCUGUGCUGCUAGGAUUAGUGCCUCAGUGCUGUCUUUCAGUCCUGCCUUUUCCAACCACUGGUAGGAUUUUGUCAUGUGAGCCACAUCCACUAUCUGCUGGUGGUACACCCUAUGGAGAGGGUUGUCUUGCCAAGGAACCUCCUCUUUUUCUGCAUCCUCUAUCUGUUGAAGUCUCAGGCAUUCCCUUAGCAGUUCAUCUUUGGGAGCUCCCUUUGUGAUGUACUUGUGGAUGCUCUGUGUUUCAUCCAGGACUGUGGCCUUGACACUCAUCAUGCCUUGACCUCCUUCCUUGCGGCAGGUGUACAGUUCCUGGGUGCUGGAUUUCGGGUGGAAUCCUCUAUUCAUAGGGAGUAGUUUCCUGGUCUUGACAUCCAUGGUGACCAGUUCUUCUUCUCUUGGCCAGGUUAUUAUUCCAGCUGAUGACCGGUAGGGCAUAUGUGUUGAUGGCUUGCCAUUGAACUGGGACCUAAGGACCUGUCUGACUCUUUGGAGGUAUUUGGAUUUUGCUAUUCUCCUUGCCUCUUCCUCAUGGUUGCCAUGCGUUUGUGGUACCCCCAGGUACUUGUAGCUGUUCUCUACAUCUUCUAUGCAUUAUAUAUAUAUAUAUAUAUAUAUAUAUAUAUAUAUAUAUAUAUAUAUAUAUAUAUAUAUAUAUAUACACACACUCUGCAUUAUAUAUACACACACUACACACACUCUGCAUUAUAUACACACACACUACACACACACACACACUACACACACUCUGCAUUAUAUACACACACACACUACACACACUCUGCAUUAUAUAUACACACACAGCUCCCCUGUCUAAACAAAUUGCAUCCACUACAUGUGGCAUGUAUAUUUUGUGCAUUUAUAUUUUAGAAGUUAUUUUUUCAAAAUGGUAAAUGUACAGGUUAUCGGCUAUCUGCCUGAAAGUUCAGAGUAUCUGCUCUAAAAAAACAAUAUCGGUCGAUCCCUAGUUUAAAACAGUAAAACUUAUCACGACGAUGAAAUCGCCAGUAAAGUGCAGUUUUUGUGUAAAAAAAAAAAAUUAAAAAAUGCAAAAACCAAAUAUGAACGAUAACUUUGGCCAGCGUUUGUGUGGCUACUACAAAAGAAUGGACAUACUCCAUUUUGAAUACCCUAGAUUGUGUACUUUUUAAAAUGGUAUGUCAUGGUGGGGUUAACUUGGCAAAUGGCAAUUUACAAAAACAGAAAUUGGCAUAUGUUAUUUUUGACCAGGUAACUUUCCAAAUACCAUAAAACCUGUACUUUGAAGAGGGACUGUUGUACUCGUGAGACAUUUUACACAAAUGAGUAUUUUAGAGCAGUAAAAUGUAUUAUACUGAUAUCGGUGAAAUGGCAGUUUGUGUGAAAAAUUCUAAAAACCUAAUAUAAACAAUAAUCUUGUUCAGGGUUUGUGACUACUAAAAAUGACUGGACAUACCCCAUUUUGAAUACCAUGGGUUGUCUACCUUUACAAACAGCUUGCCAUGAUGGGGUUAAUUUUCAUUCCUGGGCUGCUCUACAGUCUCAAAGGCAACAUAGGCCGUGCAAACAUGGAAAAGGGAAAGCCCUACGUUUGACCCCUGUAAGUUUGCAAAAAAACUGUAUAUUGGGGACACUGUUGUACUCAGGAGAUGUUGAACACAUAUUGGAGUGUUCUCUGUCAGUAACGCAUAACUGGAACUGAGAAUCCAUGUCUAAAGUACAAUGUGAGAGAAAAAUAACACAAAAAAAUGACUACCCAAAAAUUUGACAAAGACUGGUGGUAGAAUUAGUGCAUGGAAAGUGUUAAAAUACCACCAUUUGAAAUACCCUAGGGUGUCUACUUUUCAAAAAUAUAUGAUUUGACGGGGUUAAAUUACAUUGGCCGACCUCCAAAAAUGUCCGAAAUAGGACAUGGGUGCAUGAUGACCAGCUGUGAAAAUUAAAUAUACACUGGUUAUUCAGGGAUUCCUGACUAAAAAGAAAUGGUUUGGAAAUAGCAAAGUGCUACUUGUACUUAUUGCCUUAUAACUUUCCAAAAAAAAAGCUAAGAACAUGUUAACAUUGGGUAUUUUUAAACGCAAGACAAAAUUGUGAAACUAUUUAGCAGGGUUUUUUUUUGGGCGGUUGUAGAUGUGCAACAGAUUUGGGGGGUCAAAAUUCGAAAAAGUGAGUUUUUGUUUUUCAUCAUAUUUUAUAAAAACUUUUAUAGUAAAUUAUGAUAUGAUGAAAAUAAUGGUAUCUUUAGAAAGACCAUUUAAUGGCGAGAAACUGUAUAUAAUAUGUGUGGGUACAGUAAAUGAGUAAGAGGAAAAUUACAGCUAAACACAAACACCGCAGAAAUGUAAAAACAGCACUUGUCCUUAAAGGACCACUAUAGUGCCAAACUCGUUUUCCUGGCACUAUAGUGUUAAUAGGUCCCUCCAGCCGGGCUGAAGGGGGAGGAAGGGGUUAAAUUCUUACCUUUCUCCAGCACCGGGCUCCCUCGGCGCUCGGGACUCUCCUCCUCCUUCCCACGUCAUCGGCUGAAUGUGCAUGCGCAGCAAGAGCCACGCACGCAUUCAGUCAGUCCAUAGGAAAGCAUUCUCAAUGCUUUCCUAUGGAAGCUGGCUUCUUCUCACUGUGAAAAUCACAGUGAGAAGCGCGGAAGCGGCUCUAGCAGCUGUCAAUGAGACAGCCACUAGAGGCUGGAUUAACCCUAAUGUAAACAGAGCAGUUUCUCUGAAACUGCUAUGUUUACAGCAGGCAGGGUUAACCCUAGAUAGACCUGGCACCCAGACCACUUCAUUGAGCUGAAGUGGUCUGGGUGCCUAUAGUGUUCCUUUAAUAGGUCCUUUAUAUUUGAAGCUAAACUAUUUUUACUCCUUAUAAAUAUACUUGAUAUCUUUGACCAGUAUUCUUUUAUAGUUAUCCUAAUAUAUCUUAAUUGCAGCAAAACUAAUGAUGGCCAAAAAUUUUAAAAGUGUGGUGACACCAUGUUGGCCUCUAGUUAAAUAGCAGUUGUUAUAUCAAAUAAGGACUGAGAGGGAUAUACUUAAAUAAUCUGACAAUAACUAUGAAUAUUGGUUGGUACAAUUUGCAAAGCUAUGAGGGGAAAAUACACUCCUGACAGUGCAAUUUCUUUUUUUUCAUCUUCUAAUGUAAGAUUCGAUAUAAAUAUAUUUGAAGCCCCCCUACCCCAUUCUCCCCCCAGCGCAGAGAAACUGUUAACCCCUUAAGGACUGGACUGUUUUUGCGAUGUUGUACAUUUGUGACCAGGCAUAUUUUUACACUUUUGUGGUGUUUGUGUUUGGCUGUAAUUUUCCGCUUUCUCAUUUACUGUUCCCAUACAAAUUAUAUAUUGAUUUUUUUCAGGACAAAAGGGGCUUUCUUUACAUACCAUUAUUUUUAUAAUCUCAUGUAUUUUAAUUUAAAAAAUAUAAAAAAAUAUGAUGAAAAAUUGAAAAAAAUACAUGUUUUUUGACUUUUACUUGAAAAAUCAUUUUACUCAUCUACAAAAGCGAAUGAAAAAAACUGCUAAAUGCUAAAUUUUGUCCUGAGUUUAAAAAUACCUAGUGUUUACGUGCUUUUUUGCUUUUUUUUGCAUGUUAUAGGGCUAUAGGUACAAGUAGGAUAUUGCGGUUUCAAAACAUACAUUUUUAAAAUUUAUCAAUAGUGACAUUGUAACACUAUUAUCUGUCAUAAAUGAAUAACACCCCACAUGUACAUAUUUUUUUUUAAAGUAGACAACCCAGGGUAUUCAAUAUGGGGUAUGUCCAGUCUUUUUUAGUAGCCACUUAGUCGAAAACACUGGCCAAAGUAAGCAUUCAUAUUUGUUUGUGUGUUAAAAAAGUAAAAAAAACUAAAUUGAACGCUAAUUUUGGCCAGUGUUUGUGACCAAGUGGUUACUAAAAAAGACUGGACAUAUACCCCAUUUGCAAUACCUUGGGUUGUCUUCUUUUGCAAAUGGUAUGCCAUCAUGGGGGUAAUUCUCAUUCCUGGGCUACCAUACGCUCUCAAAGGCAACGUAACCAACCUGGCCAUUUUCAAUGUAAAAAUAUUUGACCCAUAUAUUUGACUUUGUAACUUUCAAAAAUGCUAUAAAACCUGUACAUGGGGGGUACUGUUUUACUCGGGAGACAUCGCUGAACACAAAUAUUAGUGUUUAAAAACUGGAAAACGUAUCAGAACAAUUAUAUCAUCAGUAAAAGUGCUGUUUGUGUGUGAAAAAUGCAAAAAAAGUAACUUUCACUGACAAUAUCAUCGCUGUGAUAUGUUUUACUGUUUUGAAUCACUAAUAUUUGUGUUCAGCUAAGUCUCCCGAGUAAAACAGUACCCCCCAUGUACAGGUUUUAGGGUGUCGUAGAACGUUACAGGGUAAAAUACAGUGCUAGCAAAUUAAAUUCUCUGGACUUUCGGCCUGGGUUGGCAGGCAGGUCCCUCAAAUUGCAAUCAAUAAAAUUACUUAAUUAUGUAAAAUAUUACAUAAAUACGCACGUAGAAUUUAAAUAUAUAUGCAUAUUUAUAUAUUUGAAGUCUACGUGUAUAUUUAUAUAAUUAUUUAUGUAAUUUUGUAUAUGGACAUAUGUAUAUUUCGUAUUAUAUUUAUUUAUAUAUACAUAGAUAUAUAUACAAAUUCAUUCUAAGUGUAUUUUGAUAUAAAUAUAUAUAUUAAUUUUAAAAUACAGUUAGAAUAAAAUUUCAUAUAGAUAUAUAAUUUUUUUUAAAUUUUUUAUUAUUUAAAAAUUUUUUAUUUAAUUUAAAUUACUUAUUUAUAUUUUAUUAUAUAUGUGUGUGUGUGUGUGUGUAUAUAUAUGUAUAUGUGUGUGUAUAUGUGUGUGUGUGUGUGUAUAUAUAUAUAUAUAUAUAUAUAUAUAUAUAUAUAUAUACACGUGUGUAAUUUAUAAGUGUAUUUUUAUAUUAAUAUAAGUACAUAUUAAUAUAAAAAUACACUUAGUAUGGCAAUAUAUAUAUAUAUUAUAUAGAUAUAAUAUAUGUCUAUAUAUCAUAUAUAUACACAUAUAUAAUUAUUAUAAUUUUUUUUAUUAACACUAACUUUAUUUUUUUUAUUGAUUUUACACAUGCAGGGAGACUGCCUGUCAGCGCAGGCAGACACUAGGACACCUAUUGUGACCAUGUGAUCGCUGUGUUAAGCGAUCACAUGGCCACAGGGGUCCUAAUCCAGUGUGGGGAGACUGUCUGGGCUGCAGGCAGUCUCCCCACAACCGGAGCCACGCUGAUCGCCGCCGGGGGAACGACGGCGAUCAGGUAAGUAACUCAGACCUUUAGGACGGUCCUGAACCGUCCUCGGUCGGGAAGGGGUUAAAUAUGUAAAUUGUCGAAAUGUCAUAAUGUAUAUUUAAGUAUGUAUUUUAGUUUUUUUUCUUUCUUUUUUUUUUUUCUGCUGUUAUUGUGAUUUGUUACUUUUUUUUUUUUUUUUAAUUCUUUAUUUUUGUUUCAACACCAAGUGCAGCUUAAUUACAUUUAGUGGCCCGCACAGGGGCCGUUCAUCAACAUAUAAUGCAAUUCUUUGUACAGAGAAUAGGUGAAGGUGUAUCAGGUAUACUGGUUUUAAUGUGCCGCUCGGUGGUGUUUUUCAAUUUUUUAGGGCCUUUCAGGUCCCUAUGUCAAGCAUGAACAAAAAUGAAUUCCAUACAAUGUGUUAUACGUUUAUGUAGCAUAUGAAACCAUUAACAUAGUGUGGUCCUAAGUUCCGCCCGGCAGUUUCAUCGUCAUUGUGGUUGUCAGUGUAACACUCAUAGUGGUUCUUGCUGUUGUGUUCCUUAUGUGUUCGCUAAUGCGUCUGAUUUGUUUUGUACUGUGUUAGCAGCGGACUUCUUGCAUGUCCGUCCCCUAAGGUUAUGUCCGCCUAGGUCCGAGUUGGGUGCUCCCCCAACGUGAACAGUUUCCAUGAGGCUGUUGGAGGCCCUUAUGUGGCGUUCUUCCCCCCUUUGGGGCAAUUCCCUAAGGGACUGCUAGCCCGGUCGCAUGUGUGUGGUGGUAAUUAUGCCGCCGUGAGCGUUCAUUGCGUUCGUUUUCUACGAGUGUUUUGUCCUGUUUUUGCUGCCUAACUAGGUCAUUCUGUGUGUGUCACCUGUGGUUCAAGGCAUUCGCGUUAGCCGGUGUUUAUCUGAUAUGGUGUCCCGUAUGGCUGGUGGUUUAAGAGAUGGGGAGGUCCUGGACGGGGCUGUGGGGGAGGGGUGUGUUGUUCGUCGGGGCGGGCGUAGGUCUACGGAUCUGUUACACACCUUUUUCAAGCUAUAUGGUGUCGUUAAUUAGCGUACACUUCCCAGGGUUACCUGAUUUUUAGGAAUGAUUUUUCCGUGUGUCUAAUUUGGGCUGUGAGUUUGUCCAUCGGGUAUGUGUCUUUGAUUUUUAACUAUCACAUCGUUGUCGGUGGGAACUGUGGGUUUCAGCCACAUCUGUGCAAGAGCUCUUCUCGCAGCCAGUGUGAGUUUGUUUAAAAGUUGUUGUUCUUUCCUGGGGAGGCCGUCUGUUGGUCGGGACAGUAGUAUCGCCCAGGGGUCUAAGUCUAUGUGUCUUGUGAGGACAUCUUUCAGUAAUGUCUGAACCCUCUUCCAGUAUUUGGUCACUUCAGGGCAUUCCCACCACAUGUGGACAAAGGUGCCUUUGCCUCCGCAUCCCUUCCAGCAUGUGUCUGUCGAGGUUUUCCCCAUCUUAUGGAGUUGGACAGGUGUUGUGUACCUAAAACAAUAAAUAGUUGCAGCGCACUCAGACUACAAAACAAUACAUAAUACAAAGAAGGCUACUAAAAUGCCUAUCUGAGAAUAAAUAUGGGGAUUUAGUUCCACCAUAUGGCCAUAUGUUGUUAAGCCCACCACUACUUGGUGUUGUGUACCAUCUCAUAAGCAUUUUGUAGGAUUGUUCCUGGUAUAAUACGCAAAUCGACGUUUUAGCCGUCACUUCCCAUAUAUCAACCCAAUCCUCACCUUCUAAGGCCCCCCACUGGUGUAAGUAUCUUGGGUCUGGGGCUCCCUUUUCCUGGGCGCUGCGCUGCGCGGAAAUGGCCGUAAUCAACCCCUUUUGAGUUGUUUCGCCGUUACACAGCUGUUCAUAGAAUGUCAUUGGGGUCUGUGCUGCUUUUUUUUAUUUUUUUUAUUUCGGGGUUUUUGGCAUUGUCUCGCAACUGUACAUAUCGGAAGACGUCUUUUGUUGUUAGGGGUGCUAUGGUUUUUAGGGUGUCAAAGGUUUUGAAGGAGUCGCUGUCCUACAUGAGCCCAUAUCUUUGCAUUCCCGUGUAUUCUAUCCCCCUAAAGUCUCGUGCGCUCAGCCCGGGCCCAAAUGCUUUAUUCUGUAGGUACGGUGUCAACGGCGAGGGUGUAUGUUUUAGUGCGUAUUUGGUGGCUGUCAGAUCCUUAUGGAAUUGUGUGAUUUUUUUUUUUUUUUUACUUUUAAUGUGUAUAUGUAACGGGAAAAAAGAAAACUCAAUAAAAGAUUAAUGAUAAAGAAGGAGAAAGUGGGGAAAAAAGAUACAAUAUGUGUCUAUAUCUCUUUCUUCUUCUCCAAUCUUGGUCCCAGUAUUACACUACAUUGUUUGCUGUUUGUUUAUAUAAAAAUAAAAUGUGUACAGGUAAAGGCAUGCUGAUAGGUUACCCUUAUUAUUGAAAUGUAUGCCUUUAAAAAGAGCUUUUCUUAUAGUACCUCUUUCUGGCUUUCAGUGGGGUUUGAACUGCUUAGUGUGUCCGGCUCAGCUAAUUGUUAAUUUUGCUGCUGACUGCAGCUCUAUUGAGGCAAACACACACAGUCUAGUUUCAGCAGAUCUGCUCAACUUUUCUCCCUCUUCCACUCCAAUAGUUUAAUACAGUUAUCCCCACUAAACUGUUUCAAGGCAUUUCAGACGUUAAUAAUCACGUGCCAGUAGAUAUUUACAUCAUUUUGUAAAGGAACGCUUAAGUGCUUUGUGUCUGGACUCUCGGCGCUUAUAAAAGGUCAUAAAUAGGACAAUUUCAAUAUAAUUGGUGUCAGAAACACCUGAUUGACUGCAAGGGAGUUUUUCUUCCGCUUCCAUUGGCUCCACUGAACUAAUGGAAGUGGUAGGCAUGCUUGACGCCUGCCUUUUCCCCUUUUCGAUGAGCAGUACUACAGCUUUUUGAGAAGACAGGAAAGUUGUGAUCCAGCACAGAUGCCACUCGUAUGUAUGUGAAUACAUAUUUCAUCUAUCUGGCCGUUUGAGAAUAUAAUCAGGCUGUUUGAUUUGUUAGGUGUGAACAUAUGUAAAAGAAAUCUAAUAGAAUUGUGAUCAGAAAGUCUCUGAAGUGUUGCGGGUUAAAUUUACGGUUAUCAGCUACUUGUGGCUAUGUAUGAAUUUACUAACCCAGGUCUAUAUAUAUUAUUUUUUUUAGUUUUUGUAUAAUAAUACUCUCAUCAAGUAUACAUGCACCUUGGGUCAAACAGUGCUUGAAAACCAACACUGUUGAACAGUGAGGUGCUUCUGCCAAAAUAGCCAAGUAAAACUCUUAUUUCAAUCAGAUGGUCUCAUAGAUACCAUUGGAUUGAUGUAGCAGACCCCCCCCCCCCACACACAUACACACUAGCCUCCCAAUGGAUUCUUGUGGAAAAUCACUCGAUUAGCAUAGAUCAUUAAGAUUGUCAGCCACAGAGACAGGACCGGCUGUGAUUAGAGCACCAUGGCGAGGGAGAAAGGGUAAGUUAUUCCUAAGUGUUCUUUUAAAGUGUUUGUCUUGUCUCUCCUGUGAAUAUGUCAUGUUUGAAAAUAUUUUUUUUCUGUUAAUGUUGUUGGCUAUACAUCUUACAAAUGUCAGCAUACUGUAAAAUAUUGUUUGUUUGUUUUUUUUUUUACCCACAUUUAAGGGUGUUGCACAUGCUUUGAUCUUCCCUGUGGUGCAACAGUUCACAGAUGCAUUUGUCCAAGCGUUGCAGAUGCCCGAUGGUCCCACAUCUGACAGCGGUCUUAAGAUGGAAGUCUUAAAGGUAUGCGCUGCAAAAUAUAUUUGAAGCAUGAGAUCCCAUUACAUAAACCACAUAUCUUGACUAUGGGCUAAACACAGAUAUUACACAGAAAAUUCAAUGCUUUAAUUUUAUUGUGACCACUUUUAACCUCACCUUGUCAAAAGGCUUGUGUUCUCUGCGGUCACUUCCAUGUUGUGCCCGAAGAUCAAACUAGUGAUUCUCUAAAAUCAGUUCUUCCAUUUGCUCUUUAUUGUAAUUGGAUGUUGGGAAACACAACAUACUGGCAGUCUAGAGACCCAACUAGGGUUUGCAGAUCACAUGCAGAUGGAUAAUAUGUUGCAGCAUGUAGACUUUAUAUGCUGUAGGAUAAUUUGUUUAUAAAUCCCAAAGGAACUUUUCUUAACUGCAAUGAUUUCUCGAUCACAACUCUGUUUCCUGUGAAACCCUGCUUAAGUUUUAAAUAUUUCUUCAGGAAUGUGUGCAGCAAGCUGGGCACAUACAAUUAAAGGACCACUAUAGUGCCAGGAAAACAUACUUGUUUUCCUGGCUCUAUAGGGUCCUUGGUUCCCCCUCACCAGCCGGCCUCUAGGGGGAGGAAGGGGUUAAUCCCUUACCUUUUUUCCAGCACCGGGCUACCUUGGCGCUGGGGACACUCCUCCUUUCCCGUCAUCGGCUGAAUGCGCAUGCGUGGCAUGAGCCAUGCGCAUUCAGCCAGUUUAAUAGGAAAGAUUUCUCAGUGCUUUCCUAUGGAUGCUGGCAUCUUCUCACUGAAAAUCAGUCGGAAGCGCCUCUAGCGGCUGUCAAUGAGACAGCCACAAGAGGCGGGAUUAACCCAUUUGUAAACAUAGCAGUUUCUCUGAAGCUGCUAUGUUUAUAGCAGGCAGGGUUAAUCCUAGAGGGACCUGGCACCCAGACCACUUCAUUAAGCUGAAGUGGUCCUUUAAAGUUGCCUGUUGAAGCAUCUGAGUUGUAAUCCCUACCUACUUUCAUUUGUUUGUGUCAGUGUCUCCAAUAUAUUUUUAUUUUCUCCGGGGGGGGUGGGGGGGGAGUCGAGAUUCGCGCUUUGGGGUAAAACUGUUCAAAAAUGGUUUAACCCCUUGAGGUAAUAAUGCACUCAGAGGCCUUCUAGUGCCAUAACUUUUGUUUAAAUUAAGAUUUUAUGGUGUCUAUAGUGUUCUUUAAGUACCACCAUUUUUGGUGUUUAUCACACAUUGUAUUUAGUGAAAUAAAGGUGUUGCAUAUACAGAUUGUUUACCUUUUUCAAACAUUGCUCUUACUUAGAAAUAGAAUUACUUUUGCCGUCAUUUAUCACAGUGCAGGGACCACAACCACAGGCAAGCUGUAAUGUGUUUUUUGUUUUUUUGCUUAGAUUGUCCCUUUACAAGGGAAGAAAACCAAUCUGAGCACACAGUGAAAAAUAUAAUUCAGCACAAAAAGUUAUGCAUUGUGGAUUACUACAAGCCAACUGUAGUGGCUAUUAUUAUUAUUAUUAUUAUUACCAUUUUAUAUAGCGCCAACAGAUUCUGUAGCGCUUCUCAAUAUUAUGAGAGGGGAGAUUUAACUAUAAAUAGGGCAAUUACAAGAAAACUUACAGGAACGAUAGGUUGAAGAGGACCCUGCUCAAACUGUGCGUUCCCUGGUAAGGGGACAAACUAGUUCUGCUUGGUAUUCAUUAUUUGGCAAAACUAUUCCCUUUCUCCUAAUCAACAGUGGGUUGCAGAUCAGUUAGAACCUCUUAGCUAUGCAGUUGACAUUUUGAAGGGCAAAAUUUAUCUUUUUCUCUGCUUCUAUUUACUCUUCAAGUAUAUUCUAAUAUUUUGUUAAACCAGAAAGCAUAGCCAUCUCUGUAAGUAAAUCGGAUAAUAAGUUUAAGUAAAUGAACCGUAAACAUCUUUCCUGUACAAAACAAAACCUCCUACAAUAAAUACAGCACAUUACAUAAAAAUAUGUCCUUAUUUAGCUUUUUUUUUUUAUAUGACAUAUGGACACGUCAAUAAUAAAAUUUUGUUUCUACAGUUUUUUUUUUAGUUGAGUGAAGCUGUGGCUCACAUGGACAAGCUCUCAAAGUGAAUAACUUGAUACUUUUCAUGGAAAAGAAAAACAUAGCCUGCAUGUUAAUUGGCAACACGCUCUUGUACAAAGACUUUGAACACUUGCAUGUUAUACUUACUAUUUAGAGUAGGAUUUUCACUCAACAUUGGUGUUAAUAUUUUCUUCAUUGCAGGCGGUGACUGCUUUAGUGAAAAAUUUUCCUAAACAAAUGGUUUCAUCGAUGCAGCAGAUACUACCUAUUGUAUGGAACACGCUUACUGAGAGCGCUACUUUAUAUCCUUUAUACAAAGCCUCCGUAACUGCAUAAUUUCUUUAAUAGCGUGUUUGUGUAAUGCCUUUUCUAUUUGCCAUCUUCUUUGUCAUCACCACACUUUGCAUAGGGUUGACAGAUGAGCAGUAGGAGCGUGCUACCAAAGUCCUCACUCAGCCUGCCUUCCAGGAUAAUUGUUUUUUUUUUUUUUUUUAAACAAAAAAAGUUAUAUUAAAACAGAUUUUUGCACGGGGAAAUAUAAAUCAGGGAAACCUCAUGUGAAAAUCCCGCGUUUGGUAUUUCAUAAAACUAAGUAAUUGAUUGUAAUGUCUACAACAGUAAACAAUGUGUGAGAAGAUUGCUGCAAUAUAGCAAAAGAUAACCGUUUAACCGUCUAUUCAAUGAUAUAACAGGCUUUAUUUAUCCAUUGCCAAAAAUAAACAUAACACUGACAGUUGUAUCUAUAUGCUUAUUAGACAUAGUGAUCCUAAAAAUCAAGCCAACAGGUGAUAUAUUGUGUCUCUAUAUAUUCCCUAUUAGUAUAAUAAACAUCCCUUCAGAAUCAUUUCAUAAUUACAAUGUCCAAAUAAUCUGGAACAAUCGUUGAAAAAGGAGAGGGGAGUUUAAUUGAGGAAAACAAAAUAUAAUAGAGAUCACCUACUGCACCUUCAAGGGUGCAAAAAAACUGAAAUAAGUAUAAACUCCUGCAUCUACACAGGUUCUAUUAAGGCCUGAUACUAAUAUCCUUUAGCACCUCCAGUAUGUAUGCUAGGAGAUAGGAGACUCCAUUGCAGCCGUUUAUACAGGGACUUUACCAUUAGCAUCCAUGAAGGUGGAUCCGUGAAAUCCGUGAAAGGUGAAGGUGCAUCCGUGAAAGUGUAGGUGCAGGAGUUUAUACUUAUUUCUGGGGGGGUUUUGCACCCUUGAAGGUGCAGUAAUUGAAGGGGUUUUGGUGAUUGUAUUUUAAUAGUCCAGACCAUACAUAAGUGGACUUUUUGCAGGAUAAAGAGCAGUAUAUAUGUAUAGAAAUAGGCACUUUUAAGCCCCCAGGCAAUUGCUACCUUUGAUUAUCGUCAUACUUACCUAAGCUGUGUCUAAAGUGUCUUACCUGCUCCCUCCUUCUAUCUCUCCAGAUCUUAUCACUUUGUAUACGUAUCCUACUAUAAUUACCCUACUUUUCUACUCCAAUAACUACCAUCACAGCCAAUUGACAAUUUAUCUCCCUAUUAUGUUUUUUUUUUUUCUCUUCAACUAAACUCUUCUUUUUCAACGAUUGUUCCAGAUUAUUUGGACAUUGUAAUUAUGAAAUGAUUCUGAAGGGAUGUUUAUUAUACUGAUAGGGGAUAUAUAGACACACAAUAUAUCACCUGUUGGCUUGAUUUUUAGGAUCACUAUGUCUAAUAAGCAUAUAGAUACAACUGUCAGUGUUAUGUUUAUUUUUGGCAAUGGAUAAAUAAAGCCUGUUCUAUCAUUGAAUAGACGGUUAAAUGGUUAUCUUGCUAUAUUGCAGCAAUCUUCUCACACAUUGUUUACUGUUGCAGACAUUCCAUUCAAUCAUUUACUUAGUUUCAUGAAAUACCAAACCAGGGAUUAUCACGAGGUUUUACCUGAUUUAUAUUUUUACUGGGUGGAAUUGGUACCAACCCCCGUCCGGGAUAUUCUCAGUAUAGGGGUGACUUAGUCUAUUUUUGUUUUCCAGGAAGAAACCUUCUAUAUUUAAAAAAUGGGUAUAUAUUUUUCCUGCAAUAAAUUCUUUCUUUAACAUGGCUUUUCACCUAUGUCCGUACUGAAGUAAAUGAUACUGAGGAAUUGGAGGAUCCCGUGGAUUCUGAUGGUGAGGUUAAUAACAAUACUAACUUUUAAGUGCAUUGUGAAGUACAACUCCUAAGAGCCAGUUGAUAUUUAUUUUUAUUAAUUGUACUUUAUUGAAAGAUUGGAGUUUGGGUACAGAAAGCAAAAUGUGGGGUGGGGGGUGCGCAAAAAGAAUAUAUGGCACAAAAUAGAUAUCACAUUGAUUUAGUACAUACAAUAAGAGUCAUAUUCCGUUAUUAACCUGGUUGUAUGUUUGGUUUUUAACGGUUACUCCAAUAAUGGGAGCAGCUCUUUUGCCUUAAUGCAGGAGGGACAUAUUGCUUCUAAACAUUGGGCUUGAAUAUUAUUGUUAAAGGCACUUUAGGCAUCCAGGUCACUUCAGCUCAUUGAAGUAGUCUGGGUGCAUGGUCCCAGGUCCUUUAACCCUGCAAAGGUAAUUAUUGCAGUUUUUAAUAAACUGCAAUAAUUACCUUUGACUGUUAAUGCCACCUCUAGUGGCUGUCUUUACUAUGCGGGAAAUACUAAUGCAAGUGCGGCCAUUGCUGCUCAUGCGCUUUAGGUCUCUCCCGGUGGCUGAUGGUAGGGGGAGGCGUGGAGCCAGAGCAACCUGGACUCUGCUAAGUGACAGAAGGGAUUUUUAACCCCUUUUGCACCACAGGGGUGGGCCAUGUGGAAGGGGUCACUAUAGGGAGCUAUAGUGCCAGGAAAACAACUUUGUUUUCCUGGAACUAAAGUUUCCCUUUAAGUGAUGAGGUCAAUAUGUAUCUAGAUUUUAUUUAUUUUGACACAUAAAUAAUAGUACAUUUCAUUGAUCAACAUGUCACAGGUAACACAGCAAAAAGUAUUGUAUCCAGAUGAACAAUGUCUUGUUUUCAUUAAAGAAACAGUCAAACAAUAAUUUCUCAAAAGCAAGACCGAAGUGAAAAUAAACUAUUGAUGCUAUUCUUAACUUCAAAUAAUAUAAUGCAGAAAUACAGUUGGUUGACAGCAUGGGUAUAACUGAUAGACAAAUAAUUAUGGCUUAGAAGCUUGGUGAAUGAGUAAUAAAGCAUAAGUCAAGUAAGUAUUCACAAGAUAGGCCCAUCGAAAAAAGAAUUAGAUCCACAUCUAAUGAGUAGUAAUUUAAACAAAAAGCAUCAAACAACAGAGUACGAAUGAAGGCAGGUACAUAGAGCCAAAAAGCUGAGUACCACAGCCAAAGAGUCUAAGCCCAGUUUCCUGAUGUGAUUUGCAGUCUUCUGGAUCUUCGAGAAGUACUUCUUUAAUGAACUCCAUUCCACUGGUCAGAGUUCACUCAUAAUCCUAGUGCGUCCCCCUAGCGUAAUUGCUCUAGUCACAAGCCAGAAAUGGAGCAGACACUCAAUGUCCCUGGAACCCCGCCCCUUGCCCAAGCGUAGGCCCGUGUCCCUGAGUCGAUUCACCCAGCUUCUAUCCAAGUUAAAGAAAUGUGAGUAUUGUAUACUAAGUGCAAGGCACUGUGUGGCACCAGGCCCAGGUGCAACAUUGUUCAAUCUGUUACAUAAAGCUAGUCUCUCUUUCCUACUUUUCCAUGCUGGAGUAUUCUUUUGGAAAGUGGUAGUAUUAGUUGGUUGCAGAGGGACAAAAGUUUGUGUAUCGUUUGGUCCGACCACCAGAGUCACAGUACUUUCAUUUCUGCUUUAAAUAUACAUAACUGUGUAUCAGGCUCUUUCAUUGUAAAUAAUUAAAUACAUUUCUACUUUCCAAAAAUAAUACAUUUUGUAAUUCUCCAAGUUCAUUGUUGCGGAUGGAUUGUGAUAAUUGUGUUAUUCCCUUGUCUGACCAUAUUCAGUAGGAAAAUUGUGGGGAUGUAACCUUAAGGGAGGACAUGGGGUAGUAUUGAGCCUUUUCAUUAGGCUAUGCUAGAUUUCAAAAGAUGAUUUUGUGGUUUGAUAUAUAAAGUCUUAAAGCAAAGUUGUUUAGGUGUCCAUAUCAACCCAGUUUAAUUGGGAUGCAGCAGAAUGGAGAUUAAUACGCAGUGUACGGAUGGUUGCGAUAUAAUAGUUCAGAAUAGUGGGAACCUCCCAUUGCAAAUGGCCCUAUAAGAAGGAGAAUUUUACUCUGGGUUGUCUGCGUUCCAUAAUAAAGGAUAUCAAGAAGCCCUGAAGUUUAGCACAGUAGGUCAAAGUAAUUGAUAUCGGAAAAUAUAUUUCCUGUUCAAGGCAGGAAUGGGGAUUUCCAUCCAUUCAGUUUGUUUAAUUUGGCUGCGAAAGGGGUAUUUGAUUAAAUUUAUAUAUGAUCGCUGUCGAUUUUAGAAUUUUAUAUUCCUAGAUAUGUGAGGCAAUCUUGCCUCCAGUCUAAGGAGAAUUGUGCCUCCAAUGACUGAGUCAAGGUUUUAGGAAGGGUUAUUGGAAGGGCCUGGGUUUUUUUUUUUUUUUUAAGUUUGUAGUCUGAUAUCUAUCCAUAAUCCUUCGACAGAGAGCGUAGAUUGGGGAGUGAUAUGCACCAAAUAGGAAGGUUUAAUCAUUAGUGAAGAUGUUUAGCAUCUGGAACUGCUACUUUUGUUUGUGUGAGGCAAUAAAAAGACCUAAGUGCCAAGCAGAUGUUGUCAGUGCUUACACUUGGGAAUGUGAAGACAGAGACCUUUUUACACUUGCAGAAUUUAAAGGGAUACUAUAGUCACCAGAACACCUACAGCUUAUUGAAUUUGUUCUGGUGAGUAGAAUCAUGUUUUCUGCUGUAAAUACGGUCUUUUCAGAGAAUAUGCAGUGUUUAUAUUACAGCCUAGUGAUAACUUUAAUGGCCACUCCUCAGAUAGCUGUUAGAGAUCCUUCCUGGGUCAUGGCUGCCUAAAAUGCAUCCAAACAUUCAGUAUCUCCUCCCUCUGCAUGCAGACACUGAACUUUCCUCAUAGAGAUUCAUUGAUUCAAUUCAUCACUAUGAGGAGAUGCUGACUGGCCAGGGCUGUGUUUGAAUCAUGCUGGCUCCAACCCUGAUCUGCUGCUUUGUCAGUCUCAGCCAAUCCUAUGAGGAAGCAUUGUGAUUGGAUCAGGCUACCACUUCUGAUGAUGUCAGCAGGCAGUGGGCAGGUCAAAAGGAAACCGUGACAAAACAAGCAGCUGCAGACUUGAAUACAAAUACGGUUUUACUAUAUUUAGAGAGGCAUGAGGGGACCAGAUGGUGGUUUUAACCUUGUAGGGUCAGGAAUACAUUGUGUUCCUGACCAUAUAGUGCUCCUUAAAAGAUAAAUACAUUUUAAAUUUCUUGGCAGGUGUAACAUCUACAUGUAACGUGGAACACAACAACUAUGCUGCUGUCGUGGGGAAAGUGGAUUAUUUAAUAGGAAACACUGUUAGUUAUUUAAUAUCUAUAUUUCCUGUCAAAUGUAGAUGAAAAGUUGAAGGGGCACUAGGCACCCAGACCACUUUAGCUCAUUGAAAUUGUCUAGGUGCAGUGUCCUAGCACCCUUAACCCUGAGCAGGUAAUUAUUUCAGUUUUUAAUAAGAUGCAAUAAUUACCUGCUAUGAUAAUUCCUCCUCUAGUGGCUGAUUACCAGAGGGACUUCCAGGUGGUUAGGCGACUUUAGGUUGCCUAAAUGACGCUGGACAUCCUCACGCUAGUCUCACCGGAAUCUCCAUAAUAAUGCAUUGAUGGAGGGUGGGGGUUGCCUUGACAGAGGGGGAAGCUAUGGAUUCAGAAAAACAAGCUUGUUUUCCAGGCACUAUAGUUUCCCUGUAAGCAGUUUUAUAAUUUUGGGCAUUUACUUUGGGAGGGUCCAGAGAGUCCGCAUCCCUAAAGUCCAGGAAUGCACCCAUAUGCCAUGAAUUGUGGCAUGCCUAUCAUGACAUGAUAAGGCAAAUAUGUAUUCACCGCUCUUCCCUUGUGGUUGUGUUGGGGAAGAGAACCUUCCAUUUAGGUUUUUAGUGAAUUUUUCUCGAAUUUAGGCAAAACUCUGCUACAAUCAUAGCUUAUGUCACAAUAAUAGGUGAUAAGCAGCGCCUGAUUGUGAAAAUUAGUGACGUGAUAUAAAAUACCCUUAUAGUGUGGUAUACAGAUAUAUUUAUAUAUACGUACUUUGUUUUUCUAGCUUGUAUGUAUAAUCAUUCAAUAAAUAGCUCCUCAAGAAAAAAAAAAAACACAUGUUUGUCUUGCAAUCAUAGCUUGGCUAUUUUUGCCUAAUUUAUGCCUUUAAAAAAACAAAACACACAACACACACACUAUUGUAGUGACAGACACAAUUUCAUGUUUGUUUUGUUCUUUUCUCCCAUUACAGGAGAAGUGCUUGGCUUUGAAAACCUGAUAUUUAGUAUCUUUGAGUUUGUGCACACUUUACUGGAGAACAAAUUUAAAGCAACUGUUAAAAAAGCUUUGCCAGAAUUAAUCUAUUACAUUAUACUCUACAUGCAGAUCACCGAUGAACAGGUGAGAUAACAAAUGGUAAAUCUUUAUAGCAAACUGUAUAGCUAUGGAGAUAUGUGUAUACACAUACAGACUUUGUGGGAAGUUAGUAUAAAUUAUAUAGGUUUCUAUUUAUUAAGGGCAUAUAACCACAGAAAACUUUGUGCCUACAGCAAGAUAUGUAAAGAAAGAUAUUAUAUAAUUUGUUUACUUUUACUAUAUUAAGAAUACUCAUACUUGUCAUCAUUUAUGUAGUACUUUCACUGUAAGUUUACUUUCUUGAUUUUCUAUCAGAUAAAGGUCUGGACUGCAAAUCCCCAGCAGUUUGUUGAGGAUGAAGAUGAUGAUACAUUUUCCUACACUGUUCGUAUUGCAGCUCAGGAUCUGCUCUUGGUGAGUUGAUGAGUAAAAACAAAGAUUUAAUGAGUUAGGUGAGGCAGAAUAAUAGUUUGUAUGUAAGUUUUGUUAAUAUAGUUGGCUUAAAUUGGGGUUGCAAGUUGUAAAAUAAGUGUGUUUUUUAUAUUUACAUUUUUUUUUUGUUAUGAAUGUUUUCUUGUUAUAGCUUACUUGCUGUGGUAUUUUACUUAUUUUUUAUUUUUUUUAACGUUUCUUUUUUUUUUUUUUUUAGGCAUUGUCUAGUGAGUUUCAAAAUGAGAGUGCUGCUGCACUUGCUGCUGCAGCUACCCGCCACUUCCACGAGGCAGAACAAAACAAGAACCAGAAUGGAGAGCACUGGUAAGUUAGAUUUUCUACCUGAUAAUUGUGUGUGUGUGUGUAUGUAUGUGUUGUGUGUUUGUGUGUGUGUGUGUGUGUGUAUAUAUGUAUUCUUUACAUAACCACACUUCAACUGUUUUCACGUCAUACACAGUCACUGUUUUUUUUCCAGGGAGAAUAGACACCCUACAGGUGUAUGCGCAAGUUAUUACAAAUUUGACACAGUUAAGGAGGAAGUGCAAUUGCCUUUUUGCAGUGUCAAAACCAAAGAGGCUGCCUUUAUAGCAGCAGCAAGGUUUACAUAUUACUGCAGUUUUGAACCUUUCAGGAAGGUGGGUGCAGGGUACUAUCUGCAUUGAUAUGAAAUUAUGUUUAAUUAUAGCCAUUCUUAAUAUUUAUAUAACAGCUAGCAUGAUGAAAACAAGAACUCGUGAGGAUAUAAAGCCUUUAAUAUUUGCGUUUUAUGCAUCUGCAUUUAACAAUUAUGUUAAGGUGGAUCUAUCCCUUUCAGGGAUCUUUGCAUAUUUCACAGUAGCUCUCGCGACUGUUGCCAUAUUUAUCCUACUGUCCUCUUCAGCUCGUGGCACAUGGAGGUCUAUGUAGGAUCUCGCAAGGACUUGAAAGCCUCUAUAGCUCAGCCAAUAGCCGUCAGUUGUGAAGGCUGCUGGCAUUGGACAAAAGUUGAUAGAGGAACUCUGCUUUUUGUCACCCUUAGAUAUAUUAUAAGGCAAAGUAGUCUCUACUUUGUCUUAUAAUAGCUUUGCAUUGCCUUGGAAUUUCGUUGAAAUUCUAUAGCAGUCUUGAUCAGUAUUGCAUAAAGAUUGUAUCUUAUGGAAUACUGAAAAGUGACAGAGCCAAUUUAACUGUGUCAUUAGAAAUAGAAUGUGCUGCCGAAACAAAAGUUAGAAAUAAUAGCUCAACCUUGCACACAAAUGCAACAUUGUUUUCAGUCUUUAGAGCAGGGUGCCCAAAAGGUAGAUCCCCAGAUGUUGUAGAACUUCAACUCCCAUGAUGCUUUGUAUUCCUUUGCAAUGCGUUUAGAAUGGCAAAGCAUUAUAGAAACUAGUUUAAAAUAUCUGGGAUCUACCUUUUGGGAACCCCUGCUGUAGAGUAAUAUAGGAGAGAUUUCAGUUAGAAAUAUGUCUUUGUUCCAAUGUACGAUUUGAAGAUGUUACUUUUACACAAAUUUCAACUUUCAAACGUAUUGGUCUGAACUAAAAAUGUUCUCUCCACCACGGAGUAUGAAGAAACACUUGUUUUUGUUUCAAUACAGCAUGAAGUGUCAGGGUGUGUGAAUGUAGGUUUUAUUUUUUGUCUGAUCUCUGUUUGUUUCCUAGGGAUGUUUCCUACCUAACCUGAUGCAUUCACAAAUGGCUUUGCUUCAUCUAGUUCUGAUCAUCAUAGCACCCUUUUGGUUCACACUGUAGUGAUAUAACAUACAUCAGUUUGGUUAUUGGGGAGCUAUGUUCUGUAAAAGCUGAAACAGCUGUGUGUUGAUGUGAAGCUGAGACCUCUACUUUGUUAGUUUACUUUCAACGUAAACAUUUGUAAUUUGUAAUUCUUCACAUGGUGGUGUAAGCUAGUACGUUUACAAUACUACAAUAAUAUCAUAUCCAGCUGGUCCAUCAGUAAAGAAACAAUCCAAACGUUAAGUAUUUUUUUUACGUUGUUUUAGUUUGAUUUAGAGCCCCCUCCUUUUCACUUACAUAAAAAAAAACUCCCCUUUAUUCCAGCAGACUAUGUACCCUCUCCAAGCCAAAUCACCUAUUGUAAGAUCGUCAUUAGUGUCCGCACCAGUGUUUUUCCAUGAGAUACAUAAGGCAAGUGCACCUACGCACCGGUCUCUAAGAGGAAAACCCAACCAAAAUCGAUUUAAUCUAUGCAAUAACAGGAAAAAAACACAUUAAAAAAAAAACUCUUUAUUUAUAAUUGUAGUGCUCAUUUUAACCUUUUUGGUGUCUGAGUUGAACAGUGUUGUUCAUUGUACACUUGGCUUUAAAAGGUUAUUUUUAUAUAUAUCUAUCUCUCAUCACAAAACCACGACCAUCAGAACAGAUUAUAUUAUUCCUUCAAAUUGUAGAUUUACAUAGCGCUUAAUAUGGAGUGCAAUAAUGCAUGUUAGGGUUGAGUGGGGUUUAAACAUUGCAUGACUUGACUUGAGUAGGAUAUUGGUAUUAAUGAUGUUGCAAUACAAGAGGAAUACCAUAAGACCAUUUGGUAGCAAAAAAUUUAAGGAUCUAGAAAGUCUAAUCAAAGGCAAUAAGGGGACUGUGCAGAAUCUUUGUAUAAGGCGUUUUUGCCUCAUGGAUUAAAUUCAAAAGGUCCUGUUGAUUUAUCAUAUGUUAUGUAAUAUAACACAUUUUGCUUGAAUGCAGGUGGAAGAUACACGAGGCGAGCAUGCUGGCCCUCGGCUCAGUGAAGUCUGCGUUUAUAGAUGGUGUGCAGAGCGGACAAGUUCAGUUUGAUAUGGCUGGGUUCUUGACUGGCAUUAUCCUCUCUGAUCUCAAUCUAUCCGGUGAAUAUACUUUCACAGGGCUAGGACAAUAGAAAGCACUUUACAGAUUAUUUUUUGUGUAGAUGUUUUUUAUGCAGUGGUAUUUGUAUGAAGAAUAAUUUAAGUCUGCUGCUCUUUUGGUCUUUUUGUGUUUUCUCAUUAUGUGCUUACAUAUGUGUAUCUUCUUUAGUAUCACCUUUUUUGCUGGGUCGCUCUCUCUGGGCUGCAAGUCGGUUCACAGCUGCAAUGUCUCCUGAGCUCAUCCAGCAGUUUCUUCAAGCUACAGUGAGUGGUCUGCAUGAGAACCAGCCUCCCUCUGUUCGUAUAUCAGCGGUCAGAGCCAUUUGGGGGUAAGUACAUCUCUCUAUCUCAGAAUAGGGAGUCAGAACACAUAUCUCUAUCUCUCUAUUUUUUUUUAUCAAAUAAUUUUUUGAACUGUAUUUGUUCUUUGUUUCAGGUACUGUGAUCAGCUAAAGACCUCGGAAAGCACACAUGUUUUGCAACCUUUCUUGCCGAGUGUUGUGGAUGGCCUUAUAAACCUGGCAGCCCAGUUUACUUCGGAGGUGCUGAAUCUAGUAUUGGAGACGCUGUGCAUUGUAUGCAGUGUAGACCCAGCUUUUACUUCCAAGACCGAACCCAAAAUUUGCCCCUUUGCCAUUGCGAUCUUCCUCAAAUACAGUAAUGGUGUGUCUCAAAGGUUCCAAUACAUGGAUAGCUGGUGCUACUGUAUCACUAUAUGGUGACUAACCAACACUUUUUGUGUUCUUAGACCCUGUGGUAGCUUCACUGGCUCAGGACAUCUUUAAGGAACUUGCCCAGAUUGAGGGAUGUCAGACUGCAAUGCAGAUGAGACUUAUUCCCACACUUGUUAGCAUCAUGCAAGCGCCUGCAGACAAGAUUCCUUCAGGUCUUUGUGGUGUAAGUAAAUUAAUUUGAAUAAACUGAACCAGAGUCCAGCCUUUGUAGACAGUGUAUACUAGUCACAUGUAUAGAAUGAGCUUUAUAGAUCAGUUAGCAUUGCUAUUCUCUCUGGCUUUAUGGAAACUGUAACGGACCGUUUUGCACACAAGGGGUAAAAACCGUUUAGGCGAUCGGCCCCCUUUCCAGAGAUCCAGGCACAGCUACUGCAGAACACCAAAACUCACGAACUGGAAACAAAAUAGCACUCCAACUCCCGAACUGGAACCUCCCAAAUAGCUGCUAGCAGACGAACAGCUUACACUCCUGGCAAUCAGUCUCUAACAGCAUACAGUGAAUCCCCCCAAGAACGAGACAAGGCUCCGUGUUGAGGUUCAAGCAGUGGUCUGAGGUGCUGGCACACCCAGCCUGGUUUUUAUUACAGUGUUUCAAAUACAGGACCACCCACAGGGAGGGAUAAAACAACCAAUCAUAUCACAGUUACAUCCCACAUAUUCCCUCCCCUUAUCCUGAGAGGAAACUCAAUUAUACAAACAGUUAAAACAUACUUUCUACCCAACUUUCAUAACUCCAAAACCAUACAUCACAUUCACAUAAAAUUACAUAUUCUCAAUCAAUCCAUUCAGGGGAACAACAUAUUCAAAAAUGGCACAAAUCAGACAAGGGGUUCAAAAGUUAGUAAAAAGUCCUUUGUGACUAAAUGAAGCAUGGCUUUCUGGCCCAAACCAGUUUCAGAGUCUUCUAUCCUGGAGAUAAGUAAUUCAAUUAUCUCCCAGGACAGACACAAGACUCCAUUAAGCACAUGGUUGCAAAAAGACACAAAACACUUUAAAAUACAUAGUCACAUUUAUUACAUAAAACACAGACAUGUAACAUAUCCCCAGAUAGCUCAGGUCUGAGCGCACAUUAUUAAGUGAAUGGCGCUCAGACCACACGAAUACAGUUUAAUCGCCAUGGAGCCAAAGUCUUUACAGUCAGUUUCAUACAAAUGGGCUCCAUGGGAUUCCUAUCUGGGGUAUAACACAUUCAAACAAAUCUACUGAACCCCAGGCAGAAAAGCACGAAUACAGCUUUUCUGCAGGCAAAAAUAAAGUCUUUUAAAAGGGGGCCAUAGUCCAAAGGCAGCAGGCGAGCAACCAGGCUUCUCCAAUGCAAUGUGGCGAGAUUGGUCUCGUCACAUCUCUCCCCUUUUCCAAACAGACUAACAGGGUAUCUGACCUCCUGCCGGUCAGUGCCCUUGUUAGUCCAGCAGCCCACCCACAAAACAUAAUCAACAGCACAGCCCACCCACAAUAAAUGGUUACUACACCUGGGUAAAGGAGAAGCUUGUCCAUGUCCAGGUGCCUCACCACGGCUGUGCUGGGUACGGGUACGCUGACUGGGUGGGUUGCUGCGUGGGCAGAGACCAGCGGCACUCUGCCCUGUUGCCAGCACUACUGGGAGGGUAGCCUGGUUGAAGCCUGGUUGUUGGAGGGGGAGACCGACUGUCUCCCCUUUAACUACACCGCUCUGCUGCUGGAGACCGACUGUCUCCCCUUUAGAUACACCGCUCUGCUGCUGGAGACAGACUGUCUCCCCUUUUGUUGCACAGCUCUGCUGACGGAGGGGGAGACCGACUGUCUCCCCUUUGGAUACUCUAAGAUGUCGCUGGGGAGAGGGGGUAACAGGCUCCUCUCCCGAUAGAACACUCUGCCGCUGGGGAAAGGAGACUGAGCUCUCUAUUCCCUGCCCAUUAAUGAUCCACCGCUGGGGAGAGGUGGUAGCAAGCUCCUCUCCCAUACAUACUUUCAUCCUCUGUGGAGGGAGACCGACUGUCUCCGCUCCCAAUACAGUGUCCUGCUGCUGGGGAAAGGAGACUGGGCUCUCUAUUCCCUGGUAGGACACUCUGCCGCUGGGGAAUGGAGACUGGGCUCCCAAUUCCCUGCAUAUCACACUGCCGCUGGGGAAUGGAGACUGGGCUCCCAAUUCCCUGCAGGACCGGUGGAGAGACCUCGGUCCCAUCUCUACCGGCCACCUGGGGUUCUUCCCAGUAAAACCGUACCAUCUCGUCCCCUCUGAAUGGGUCUGGCUCUGGGUCUGUCAUGCUGCUCUCCCGCUGAGCCUUCUCACUGUAUUGGAACAGCUGCUGGUAGCCCUGUUCUAGCUCCAUCUCCCGGGUUACCAGGUGGACCAGGUCUUGCUCAAUUUCGUGAGUGUCGUCCCAGUCAUACCUGCUCUCCCUCCACUCCAAGAGAUCACUGAACCGGGCUUGUGUAGGGCUCCCAAAUUCGAGCUCUGAAAAUGACUCCCAUAACAAGCCAGGACCAUCAAACUCCUCUCCCUCUGGCUUGUCAUGCUCGGCUGUCCAGGGUAGGUACUGUGCCCCAUACCACCAGAGCGCCUGGUAGGCAUCUUCUAGCCACAACUCCUGCCAUACUAGGUGUUCCAAUUUCCUCACCCAUUCCUCCAGGGGCUGCUCUCCCAGGAAGGGCAUCCGCAGGGCUACUCGCUUCUGCAACCGCUGGUCUUCCUUGGGGAGUCUCUUGCCCCGCUGGUACUCCACAAUACCCAGUGCCUGGUACCAGAUGCCUUUACGGACUGCAUCUCGGUCAUCCAUGGCACCCUCGUCAUACUCCACUGCUGGUUCCAUGCUGGUGCUGUCAGGGUCGCUGUACUGGGACAUGCGUUGCCCUCAAAUUGUAAAAUCCAAAGAAAUGGUGUCUCCUGUAGCUGUCCUUCUGGCUGUAGGAACGAUCCCGCCGCUUGCCACCAAUUGUAACGGACCGUUUUGCACACAAGGGGUAAAAACCGUUUAGGCGAUCGGCCCCCUUUCCAGAGAUACAGGCACAGCUACUGCAGAACACCAAAACUCACGAACUGGAUACAAAAUAGCACUCCAACUCCCGAACUGGAACCUCCCAAAUAGCUGCUAGCAGACGAACAGGAAAAGCAGACGAACAGCUUACACUCCUGGCAAAUCAGUCUCUAACAGCAUACAGUGAAUCCCCCCAAGAACGAGACAAGGCUCCGUGUUGAGGUUCAAGCAGUGGUCUGAGGUGCUGGCACACCCAGCCUGGUUUUUAUUACAGUGUUUCAAAUACAGGACCACCCACAGGGAGGGAUAAAACAACCAAUCAUAUCACAGUUACAUCCCACAUAUUCCCUCCCCUUAUCCUGAGAGGAAACUCAAUUAUACAAACAGUUAAAACAUACUUUCUACCCAACUUUCAUAACUCCAAAACCAUACAUCACAUUCACAUAAAAUUACAUAUUCUCAAUCAAUCCAUUCAGGGGAACAACAUAUUCAAAAAUGGCACAAAUCAGACAAGGGGUUCAAAAGUUAGUAAAAAGUCCUUUGUGACUAAAUGAAGCAUGGCUUUCUGGCCCAAACCAGUUUCAGAGUCUUCUAUCCUGGAGAUAAGUAAUUCAAUUAUCUCCCAGGAUAGACACAAGACUCCAUAAAGCACAUGGUUGCAAAAAGACACAAAACACUUUAAAAUACAUAAAGUCACAUUUAUUACAUAAAACACAGACAUGUAACAUAUCCCCAGAUAGCUCAGGUCUGAGCGCACAUUAUUAAGUGAAUGGCGCUCAGACCACACGAAUACAGUUUGCUGUUUGCUAGCAGAAUGUAAAUUUACUACAAUUAUGAUACAAUACAAAACUACAACAUAUUACUUACAAAAGGUUGCUAAAUGUUACACAAAAGGCUAUUACAAUUGCUAAAUGUUCAUUUUACUUACAAGGCCCCAGCCCUUUGGCUGGGGUUAAGUCAGAGCUGGUACUACAUCUUAGGUUCAGUCAGUUACAGGCAAAGGGACAGAGUUUUCUCCUCCAUCUGGUUUUAUUCAGUGUAAGUAGGCUGGCCUGUGAUGUCACUGCCAGAAGCACAGGUCUUCCUACACACUCCCCCUAGUGGUGCCCCCAACCCUGGGCAGCGGGGGGGGGCCAUAGUGAGAAUGAGGGGGGGCAGUAGGAUUUCAAGCCAUCCAAUCACAGUGCUCUGUGUCAUUUUACACAGCGUGGGAAAAUUCAAAAGAACUUUCCCACGCUGUGUAAAAUGACACAGAGCACUGUGAUUGGAUGGAUUUCAAGCCAUCCAAUCACAGUGCUGUGUCAUUUUACACAGCGUGGGAAAAUUCCCGCCCCCCCCUCAUUAUUGCCCCCACCCGCCGCCCGGGGGGGGGGGGCAGUAGGUCAUUUGGUCUCCCCCCUUAUUUUCCUUUAGGGCCCCCACCCGUCGUUUAGGGGUGGGGGCCAAUAGUUUUUUUUACAGUGAGCAGCCACAGGCUGCUCACUGUUUACAAGACAUGCCCCUACUCGCAGUAUAGCGAGUAGGGGCAAAUUACUUACUAAUACUAAGUAAUUUUUACUUGGUAUUAGUAAAGUUGGCUGAAAGACCAAUUUAGGUCUUUCAGCCUUUUAGUAGAUAGCUCCCUGAUCCCGUGGGAAUUAGGGAGUUAUCUACUAAGCGGCUGCAAGAUGCAGCCACAGCAAUGAAUAGGAUCAGAGUUUCAUUCAUUCGAAUGAAAUUCUGAUCCGAAUAAAGUGCGGAAUUGCAUUCUAAAAGAAACGAACAUACUGUUGUCAUUCAGUUAGAACGCAAUUCGGCAGUUUUGUGUAAAAUGACAGGAAGCAUUGUGGGAACACUGAGGAAAGCUAGGGAUCAUGGGAAAAUUGCUCUGACCAGCGGAAAUUAAGCACACUUUGCUCCUCCGCUGGUCAGAGCUGGUCAAGCGGAGGAAUUCCCCAUAAGGCAAAGAGUCCCUACUUUGUCUUAUGAUUUUAAAGAAAACUAAAGAAGACAGGAAGAAAAGAAUAACAGAUCCUGAGAGAGGGGGAGAAGAGGAAGAGAUUGAGGAAAGGUAAGUUCGGCAUGACAGUGCCGCUUUAAAAUAGGUGCCCAAAACUGCACCAAGUAUUUAAAGUGAGGUCUUGAUACCCUUUUAAUAGACUACAAUACAUCACUGACCUUGGCAAAUGCUAAGUGACAUUACACAUUGUUGCUUAGUCUGUUGUCUAUUACUAUUACUAUUCCCAUGUCCUUCUCUUUUGUUUUUCAUUUGCUCAUUUUGGGUGUUUGUAAAUUCACCUACAGAUUUUUUUUGAUUUUUUUUUGUUUGGUCUUUCUGUUGCUUUCUGCUAGCAGCAGACCCUAACCUGGAACUUAAUUUGUAUUUAUUUUUGGUUUAGGAUUCUAAACUCAUCAUGCAGAUUACAUUUGUCUUAACGGAAAGUAAGGUUUCUAGUGCAGAUUCGGGUCUUGUUCUUAACCGAUUCUAAAACCUUUUUCUCCCUUAGACUUCCAUUGACAUUUUGACCACAGUUGUGAGAAAUACAAAGCCACCCCUUUCUGAACUGCUGAUUUGCCAGGCCUUUCCUGCUGUUGCUCAGUGCACUCUUCGCACAGAUGAUAAUACAAUAAUGCAGGUAUGCUUUUUAUUUAUUUAUUUUUUUAUACUUAAAAAAAGGUCUGUCAUAUUUGAUUUUUUUUUUUACAUGCAUCCUCUGCUGAAAAACUUGAUUGAUUUAAAGAGGCUCUCCACUGCCCAAAUCCCCCCCAAAAAAUAAAUUUAGUAGAUCUAUUAUCAAUGAAAACAUGCACACAUUUAUUUAAGCAUUUUUUCUUCUUAGUGGGUAUAUCUAAAAACAACUUGCAAAGCUGCAUAUCUCUUGCCCUCGGCUUCUAACCCCACAAAGAUUUUCUGUGGCUGCCCAAUCAGACUUCCUAAUGCAGCUCAAUGAGAAGUCCUGGCAAGGCAGGUGCUCUGAACAAUUUCCUGUCUUUUGAGGUUUGCUCAACUGAGCUGAACCAGGAAAUAACAGGACCAGUUCCUGACAGCCAGGGGGUCUAACAAGGUUAAUUUAUAAAGGUGCCCAAUCCUAUUGAAAUCUGCACUUUUUGUAAUAUGUAAAAUACAUACUCUUCACACGCAUACUUUGUCAAGUUGAGGUGCUUUUGGGAUCUGGGAUGUCCAUUUAGUAACAAACUAGUAACGAUUCAGCAUAACGUUUAUGUGUAUUAAUAUGUCUAUUCAUUCUCUAUACAGAAUGGUGGAGAGUGUUUGCGUGCUUAUGUAUCAGUUGCCCUGGAGCAGAUUGCUCAGUGGCAAGAUGAGCAUGGGCACAGUGGACUUUGGUAUGUGAUGCAAGUAGUUGGCCAGUUACUGGAUCCUCGCACUUCUGAAUUCACUGCAGCAUUUGUUGGACGUCUGGUGUCUACUCUUAUCUCCAAGGCUGGACGAGAGCUGGGUGAAAAUCUGGACCAGAUCCUGAGAGCCAUCCUCAGCAAGAUGCAGCAGGCAGAAACUCUAAGUGUCAUGCAGGUAACUUACCUUAACUUUCCCUGUCAUGAAAAUGAGAUAAAAGACACAUUGUUGGUGAGAGGGGCAGUGUUUACCUGGCUUUUACAAACUUUUACUACACUAUACUAUUUAAUGUAUAUGAUGUUCUUCUCUGUGUUCUGUGCACAAUAUACUUACGGACUCCUGGCUUUCUGCAUACUGUUCUCAUGUAUAUUAUGGUCUCUCCUCAGUCUUUGAUCAUGGUGUUUGCACACCUUGCACAUUCACAACUGGAGCCCCUGCUUGACUUUCUUUGUAGUCUUCCUGGCCCCACUGGGAAACCUGCCCUGGAGUUUGUCAUGUCAGAGUGGAUGAGUCGCCAACACUUGUUCUACGGGCAGUAUGAAGGCAAAGUUAGGUGAGACAAUAUACGGUAUUGAAGAUUUUUUGACUUUGCUAGUGCAUUUCUUGAAGAGCAGAAGGAGUGUGGUAGAAAUGUUGAGUACAGAACCCAUCUGAAGAAAUUGGAUUGUUGUGGUUUACAUCGCAUGUAGUUAGUGUUGAUUUAACCCCUUAACGUCGUUACGGCGUUCUAUGCUGUCCCGCAUUAAAAGGGCUUUAAAGCCGUUGCGGCGGCAUAGAACGCCGUAACAGCUUGCAGCCGGUGGACUUACCUCUGCUGCAAUCCUCUUCUGGAGGGCUGCCUGGCAGCCCUCCCCCGGCAAAUGAGGCCCUUGGGGGCCAUGUGAUCGCUCUUUAUGACUGUGGGUCUGCCAGCAGGGGGACUGUCUGAAAUGUCAGACAGUCCCCCUGCUGGUGGGAAAGUAAAAAAAAAAAAAUUAAACAUGUGUAAAAUUAAAAUAAAUGUAUUUUUAUAUAUAUAUAAUAUAUAGUGUUUGUGGCUACUAAGAAAGACUAAACAUACCCCACUUUCAAUACCUUGCAUUUUCUUUUUUUUGCAGUAAAACCUAACAGUAUUAUGACAUUCACAGCUAAAAUGUCAGACGGAAAUAAAAAGUAAAAAAAAAAGUAUUUUCUCACUUUUUUUUAGAUUUUAUUCAUAAUAAAUUAUGGUCCAUAUAUGAAUAGUUAAUGAUAAAUUAAAGCCCUGUUUCUCCUGAACAAAAUGAUAUAUAAUAAGUGUGGGUGCACUUAAUGUGACAGCGGUGAAUUACGGUUGAACAGACAUAUAGCGCAAAUUCCAGUUUUUGUUUACGUUUUGUUUUGAUCAGAAUGUGUACUAUUGACUCCGUCCUGAAGGGGUUAACAAUUACAUGUGUAUUCUUCAGGUACAACCUGAUAAUUAAAGGACCACUAUAGUGCCUGGAAAACACUCGUUGGCCCUCAUGGCCCCCCUUCCCGCCCGGCUCUGGGGAGAGGAAAGGGUUAAAACUUACCUUUUUUCCAGCGCCGGAUGGGGAGCUCUCCUCCUCCUCUCCGCCUCCGAUCCUCCCCUUCGGCUAAAUGCGCACGCGCGGCAAGAGCUGCGCGCGCAUUCAGCCGGUCUCAUAGGAAAACAUUCAUAAUGCUUUCCUAUGGACGCUUGCGUGUUCUCACUGUGAUUUUCACAGCGAGAAUCACGCAAGCAGCUGUCAAUGAGACAGCCACUAGAGGCUUUAGAGGCUGGAUUAACCCAUUUAUAGACAUAGCAGUUUCUUUGAAACUGCUUUGUUUAUUAAAAAAAAGGGGUUAAAUCUAGAGGGACCUGGCACCCAGACCACUUCAUUAAGGUGAAGUGGUCUGGGUGCCUAGAGUGGUCCUUUAAAAGUGGUGUGUUUACUGAUGUCCACUGUCCUGCUCAAGCCAGUAAAUGCUAUUAAAGCAAGGGAGCCAACUGUCACUUUCAGAAGUAACCAUUCAGCAUCAAUGUUGGCAGAAGAUAAUGAUACCACUCACCAUUGAUGAAAAAAAAUUAAAAAUGUUUUUAUUAUGUAGGAAUACUGUGACAAAAUGUAAUGUUGUUCCUGCUGUUCCUCUCCAGUUCCAUAGCAUUGUGUAAGAUCCUGCUGUAUGGUAUUACAAUGGAUGACAAGAGGCUUAAUGAUAUAAAGGUUAAAGGGGAAGAAAUUUUUAACUUGGAGGAGGGAAUACGCACCAGAUCAAAGGCUGCCAAAAGUAAGUACUACUUAAUAUUAAGGCACAAGCUUCAUUUUUAACUUAAAGGGACACACCAGGCGCCCUUAACAACUUCCUCUAAAUUAAGUUGUUAUGGUGCCAGGAGGCCCCCCAGAGGCAUCCUUGCCUCAAGGGGUUAAACCGUUUCCAAAUGGUUGUACCUCAAAAUUGCUUCUAUUGUCAAAGUCCACUUGUCUUUCCCCCCCUACCCCCUAUGGGUUUCUAAAUUUUGAGAUUCGGGUAGCUCGGAGUGCUGCCACGCAGCGGUGCCACUGAUUGGUUUUAAGGAAUCUUCAGAUUUCGUUGUAAUUUCAAGGAAAUUCCAACACAGUAGUCAGCGUUAGUAUUUCAUAAAGAUUAUAUUUUUAUGAAAUACUGAGUAAUGACAGACACUUUAAGCAGGUAUACUCGUGGUUUUGAUGCAUCAUGUAGGUCAUCCUAGGUGCAGAUAACAUGUCAGUGUUUGUGUUUCAAAGAACAUUAUAGUGUUAGGAAUGCAAAACUGAAUUUGUAACACUAUAGAGUCCCUCUGCUACCUCUCCUCCUCCGCACACAUUAGGCGUUUCCCAAAGGAAAUGCCUAAUAGGAAUGCUUUCCUCAGGGGAUUUAGACGCUGGAUGUCCUCUUUCGAAGCGUGAGGAUAUCCAUCAUUGUUUCACAGAGUCAACUGCAGCAAGUGCCUCUAGAGGCAGUCUUAAUAUUGCAAUGUAAACAUGUUUGGAGCUUCUGUGCUAAAAUGUCAGGGACACUGCACCCAAUGAGAUGAAGUGGUCUGGGUGCCUAUAGUAUCAGUUUAAUGUUUGAUAUUUUUUUAUGAAUUUUUGGCUUUUUACUGUAUUUUUAUUGUACUUUUAGAUCCAGAACGGUGGACAACAAUACCCCUUCUUGUUAAGAUAUAUAAACUAAUUAUAAAUGAGUUGUCCAGUAUUAUGGAAGCCAAUAUUAACCGUCAUACAGACGAGGAGUGGGUUCAAGGGAAUGGUGGUAAGUAUCACUCCUAUAACAUUAUGAAAUGUCCUUUAUCAGUCUAGAUGUUAAGACUUAUUUUAUUUCUGCCAUCACUUGUUUUUACCUGAACUUGAUGGUUUCCCUAGAUAAUCCCAGUGAUAUGUGGGAAGAUCAGGAUGAUGAUGACGAUGAAGGCUUAGCAGGGCAGCUGUUAUCAGACAUCCUUUCCAGCAAUAAAUAUGGUAAGAAUGCAUAUAUUCAGUUUUGUAAAGUUGCACAGUGCAGGUGGGUUUUCUUUUAAUACAUGUAGGUACCUGCAACAGAGUUAUCUAAUUUCCCUACAAAUUACUUACUAGUUCAGUAUUAAUUUUUGAAGGUUCCAUAAUGGCUUACAAGUUAGGAUUUAUUUUUUUUUUGAAUUCUUUAUUUUUGACAGUGCAGCAGGGAGUAUACAAAUUGCAGCAGUAUACACAGAUAUAUUUCUGUAAUAGACAAUUGGCAAGCAUAAAAGGUCAUGCAUACUGCACUGUUGUUUUUAAUUUAAAGGCAAAGUAUACAUAGAAUACAUCAAUUGUAUGGCAUUCCCAGCCCAUAUUGCAACGUCAAUCAAGUAUUGUUGUGUACGGCAUGUGUCUGAUCAAAAAAGUUGGCAAGAACAAGUUAGGAUCUUUUAUGGACAACACUAUGUGUUUUGUGUUUAUGUAAGGUAAUUAACAUUUACGCAAACUGUUUCAUGAUAAUAAACCUAUCUGUAAAUAAUAUAUAUUUUUUGGGUUUAUAAUAGGUGAUUAUCUUGCACAGAGGGGAUAUCUUUAUGGAACCCUAGACUCCAGAAUAGAUCAAAUAUCAAGAUUAUACGUGUUGGGUUUUAAUGGAACAGAUAGCAGCCAGUUGAUAGUGCCUAAGAAGAGAUUUUAUGAUUAUAUAAUAUGUCACAUGUUGGUGAACAAAUUUGCACUUAAGGUGCUGGUGUCAAGAAUGAACAGAGUAUUUAUUUAUUUUUUAUUUUAUAUAUGUAUGUUUAUAGACCAUUUUACAAAUCUGCAUGUAGAAAAUUUCAGGUAGAGAACAAGUACAAGAAAUACAAGAAAAUAUAUAUUAGGCACUCACAAACCCUACCAUAGGAUGGAUCCUAGACUUCCAUGCCUAGAAUGUUGUAAUGGUGGAAUCUUAUAAUUAAACCCUCUAGUCAAUAGGAUAAAUAACUGUGAUGUACCAUGUAUAAUGAUAGACUUUGAAUUGUUCAUUUAGUAAAGUAGCAGUCAAUCUGGCAGUAUAAUAGCCAGGUGAUAUAAGAGAAUAAGGAACAAAGAGUCAGAUGUGGUGUUAUAAGAAAAGAAAAGUUUAAAAAAAAAAAAAAAAGUGGGGGGAGAAUGAAAACCGUGCUGGAAAAAGGGGUUCCACACCAUGGAAGUAAAAUACCUAUCAUGUUCCAGACCCCUACUCUUUACAAGACAACAUUUACCCCUUAUAGACAGAGGUAAUUGUCCAAUUUCUGAACAAAAGCAAAGCUAAUAUUUGUGCUAUGUGUUUUUCCCCAUAAUUAAGGGUUUCUCUUUAAUUGCCUCCAUAGUUGUUGUUAUAGUGUUUUUUUUGGUUUUUCUUUGGGUUUUCUAGGACCUAAAAGGUUUUCAUUUAAUAGUGUGUGUGUGUGUGUGUGUGUGUGUGUAUGUAUAUGUAUGUAUAUAUAUAUGUAUAUGUAUGUGUGUGUGUAUAUAUAUAUAUAUAUAUAUAUAUAUAUAUAUAUAUAUAUAUAUAUAUAUAUAUAUAUAUAUAUAUAUAUAUAUAUAUAUAUAUAUAUAUAUAUAUAUAUAUAUAUAUAUACACACACACAUAUAUAAGAGAUGCACUCUCAGGUCUUUGUAGAAAAAAAAACUCGAUAUUAUUUAAUAACCAGUAACCUACAUCUGAUCGACGUUUCGACCUCUUCAGGUCUUCCUCAAGAUAAUUUGUGUUAGGUGCUCAUGAUAGUACAGAGUAAAAUACCAUAAUUAAAUGUAGGAUAGUAAAAAGGGCAAGCAAGUCGGUUGUGGUGUGCCGGAACAGACGAUGAGGUAGGCCUGAGAAAGAAGAGGGGCCUACCCAGGAAAAAGAAAUAGAAAGGAAAUAAAUGUUGAAAUGUGGUGUGGUGGGAGGGUAAUUCAACGCUGACCUCGAACGGUAAGGAGCAAGGUAAGGGGUGUGCCUUAAGUAGGCUAGGAGUGGAUACCAAGCACCUCCCACAAAUCCAGGCAAAUUUCCUUAAUACUUGUGUUAGGUGCUCAUGAUAGUACAGAGUAAAAUACCAUAAUUAAAUGUAGGAUAGUAAAAAGGGCAAGUCGGUUGUGGUUUGCCGGAACAGACGAUGAGGUAAGCCUGAGAAAGAAGAGGGCAAAAAUUAAGUAACCAAAUUUAUUACAGACAACCAAUACAGAUACAUAUAUCAACCAGACAUGUUUUUGAAAGCAUCCCUUAAUUAUUGUACUGGGUUCGAUAUGUAUCGUUAGUAAGCGGAUGACUUCCAGCGCCCCAGUGUUUUUAUAACAUGGACUGGAAUGUUGACACUGGAGGAUGUGGACGCUGCUCCUGUGCGGAAGGAGUGCCCUGAGUAGUUAGCUGCUUUGAGGCCCAGUUGAGUGAGCAAAGACCUGACGUAGGUCAUGAAGGUUUUAGUGGUGAGUACCGAACUUUGUAAUAGUAGUAAUGGUUGUGAUGGUAUUGAAAUAUGAUGCUGUAGGUAUGCAUCCAGAACCUUGACGGGGCACCACUUGUUGUGCGUGGGGUAGUAUGGAAUGUUUACUGGUAUGUGCUGGCUGGUUUUGGAGUGAGGUAGCGUUAGGAUGUAAUGAUCCAUGUGUUUUGUUAAGUGGGAAUAGAGGAGAAGGAGCAGAUUGUGUUAUGUUGGUUGUAGUAAACUCUCUAGGUCUUAGAAAUCCAUAGAAAGCUAUGUAUAUUGCUGCUUUGAUGACAGAAUUUGUAUUGGUGUCAAAAGGUUUUAAAUCAAGCAGGUUAGAUAAUGCCUUGAAGAUAUGGUUAUCUAUGGGUAGCCUCUGUGAUGUAAGUGUGGGUUCAGAUUUCUGAAUGCCUCUGAGUAUGGUCUUGAUCUGGUGAGAGGCCAUGAAACUAGUGUUGUUAGGUUGUAAGAUUAGCAUAUGGUGUUGAAUGCCUGUGAGAUAAAGUUUGAUGGUGUUAUAUGACAUUUUAAGUUUAAGGUGGCAAAAAGAAGCAAAACCCAAAAAAGAUGUCAUAACAAACGGUUGCAUGAUGUUAUGUUCCAAAAGGAAUCUUUUGAAUAGUGUAAAAGCCCUGUCGUAUGUUUUGUGUGUAUUCUUUGACAGUGCCAAUUGGGACAGUGUCCUGCUAUGAUGCAUGAUGUCUCUUCCAGUAUUAGUUGUUGAAAUUUUGGAGUGGUAGUGGCUGUGAGCGCAGCUGAUGAGAGUGCUUGAUGAAAUGCCUGAAAUUUAAAACGAGACAAACUGUCAGCAGCUGUGUUACAUAUUCUCUGGCCCCUCCGUUUUCUUAGGGGAGAUCGGUACACCUAGUUGCUCGAUUAGCUUAGUGGUAGCUUUGAGGCUACUAGGAGGGGAAGUAUUUUCCUCGACCAGUAAGUCGUCGUCCAGGUAAUGUAAUACCGUAGGGCAUGUUCAAUAGUAACCAGCACAAUGCUUCAGCAAAUGUGUCGAAAAUAGCUGGUCUACUUUUGGACCCAAAAGUUAAACGGGAGAAAAAAAAUAGUAGUUCCCGGCCCACUUGAUUCCAUGCAGGUGCCACAGUGUGGGGUGGAUUGGUAGCAAUUUAAAGGCGUUAGUGAUAUCGGUCUUACUAAGCCUGGCUCCGACCCCUGCUUGUAUGAUUGCUGUAAUGGCGUGAUCUAUGGUGGUGUAUUGCAGGGAGAAUUCCUCGGAGGGUAUGAGGGAAUUAAGACUGGGGUUGGCCGAUGAGUGUGGUGCAGACAAGUCAAUGAUGAGUCACUGUUUAAGGGAAGAUUUCCCUGUGACAAUACCAAUGGGGUUAGUACGCCAUUCUUUGAAUGGAGGAGCUUUGAAAGGCCCCAAUACGAAACCCUCAGCGACUUCUUGGGCUAAGAGUAUCAAAAACUGUGGGAUUAUGUUGUGCGGAUUGUAGAUUAGGGCAUUCCAGAGCCCCGGAUGGUAUGUGUAGAAUACCUGUAUGGAAGCCUUCUGUUAAACCCGAGAUAAGAAAGUCCACCAAGUGUUUAGACGGGUGAUGUGACAUAAAUGCAGUAAACACCGGCAUAUUAAUGGACGUGAGGUAAGGCUUAAAUACAUUUUAUUUGGACACAUGGUUUUUGCAUGUGCCCUAAAACAUUUUAAACAGAUAUGCAAUCUGCAACCGCUAUAAUUACAAGACCCAACAUUGAAAUUAUUACAUAUCUGGGACUUGCCCAGGAACUUGAUCGGGCGUCCCAGUUUGUCUCUGGUCACUUUCUCUGGGACACCAGAGGAACUAGCUCCUUGCGUGGAGGCAUGUUCAUCAGCCAUGUUGGGACAGAAGUUUGUCGUAUGGGCUGCAGAGGAGCAGUAUGCACAAGCCGGUGUUCUCAGACCUGCAAAGUGUCUGCAAAAUAUGACGGGAUCUAUCCUUCCCCAGUAGGAUCUUGUUCCAUACUGGGAGAACGCUCCAGACACUUUUGCAGAAAAAGACCUAUGGUAGUCAUAAAAGGCUGAACCACCAUAUUUAUUGCCCAGGUCUACCUGCUUGUGCAUAUAAAUAUCAAACUCCCCUCUUCUAUUGGGAUAGACCGCACAGAUGACAUCCCGGUAAAUACCAAAGGCCAGUACAAACUCGGGGAUAGUCAGUUUCCUGUUUAGGCGGGCGUCCCUAGAUCUGACAACAACAGACACAUCAUCAUAAGCAUAAGUCUUAUUUUCCACAAUAUCCUGGGAGGCAAUCAGCAGGGAAGCUAGGUUGACGUCUUUACCUUCCAGGAUAUCUCUUUUUACGUGCUCAGGGAUCAUAUGAGCAGGGCUAACUUCCUGGUCAUCCGAGGUGAUGGUUGGAGGAACCAAUAGCAAGUCGGCUGGUGCUUGUGAAGCAGCAGCGGGUGGCCCUGCUAGAGUAAGGGCCGUGGUGACCAACUCUAGUUUCUCCAACUUGAAGUUGACCUUGCUCAUGGACGUCAUGAGUGAGGAUAACAUGGAGUGUAUGUCUCCUGGGUUGGACUGGCUAGGUCCUUCACUGGGAUCCAUGUUAUUUGAUGUACGUAGUAGUUUAAAAAGUUCUGCUUUCCUUGCUGUAGCGGGGUAGGGGAUUUGUCGUCUCCUUAAUUCGGUAGUUAUACGAGGGAUCGUCCAGGAUCUGAUCGAUGCCGGACUAUUUACCUCUCCUCCUUGUGUAGGAGUGAUAGCUCUAGCCAGAGUGCUAUAUUGUAACCAAAGACUGCAAACUAAAAUUUUCCCUGAUACAUGCAUUCCGCUGUCUUCUAUGGCUGUUUUAGGAAAUAAUCACUUCUAUUUUGGAAAAAGAUUUGUGCAGGUGGGGGGAUUGUUUUUUUGUGUUUUAAUGGAACUGUAGGCACCAUAAUCACAUCAACAGAUGGUAGUGGUUAUUGCGCUUGAAUCAGUGGGUCCCGGGUUCAGCAACACUACUAAAUAGAUUCCUCACCGCUUCUGAGUGUGCGGCAGCAUAUUUUGCUGUAUUCUUUUAAUUAGAGAACUUAUUACCCCUGGUGUUUGUGGAUCACUAGCUUUGAAUCUGCACCACUUUCUUUAUCUAGUUUUCUUCACUUGCUCUAGUUAUUCUCUACCCACCAGUCAAACAAUGCUAUGCAUACUUUAAAUUUUCCAUUCAUCUCUACAUCCUCCUUCCUACAACUUGGUACUCGAUCUUUAGCUUCUUCUUUCUUCACUCAUAGUACUACACAAUACAUAGUUACAUAGCUGAAAAGAGACUUGCGUCCAUCUAGUUCAGCCUGCCUCACAUAUGUUUUUGCCGUUGAUCCAAAAGAAGGCAAAAAACCCAGUCUGAAACGCUUUCAAAUUUUGCCACAAACUAGGAAAAACAAAUUCCUUCUUGACCCCAAAAUGGCAGUCAGAUAUCUCCUUGGAUCAAGCAGCUAUUACCCUACUAAUUAGAAAUUAUAUCCCUGUAUGUUAUGUUUUUGCAAGUAUUUAUCCAAUUUUAGUUUAAACAUCUGUAUGGAAUCUGAUUAAACCACCUCUUCAGGCAGAGAAUUCUAUAUCCUUAUAGUUCUUACUGUAAAAAACAAAACCUUUUCUUUGACUUAGAUUAAAGGAUCACUAUAGAGUCGGGAAAACAAACAUGUAUUCCUGACCCUAUUGUGCUAAACCCACCAUAUAGGUGGCUUCCCCCUCCCUCAGGCCCCCUAUAAAAAUUUAAAACUCCCCUUAUUUCCAGCGCCGUGCGGGUCUGCCGAUGAUGGCUCCUCCCCCUUUGUGACAUUUUCAAAAUCGCUGAUUGUUAGCCAAUCCAAUGCUUUCCUAUAGGAAAAGCAUUGGAUUUGCAUGGGGGCGGGGCCAAAUGUGAUUUUGGCCAAUCAGGACCUCCUCAUAGAGAUGUAAAUUGUAAUUAAUAAAAUGACUAUAAAUACGUAAAAAUAUUACAUAAAUAUAUAUGUAGCGUGUGUAUAUAUAAUUUUUUUGUGUGUGUGUGUGUGUGUGUAUAUAUAUAUAUAUAUUUUUUUUUUUUCGUUUUAAGUGUAUUUUGAUAUCCAUAUAUAUUAAUAUCAAAAUACAGUUAGAACGAAAGUACACGUGUGUGUGUGUGUAUAUAUUUUUUUAUUUUAUUUUUUUCAUUAACGUAUUUAUAUCAUAUAAUUUUAUAUAUAUGUAUUUAGAUUUCAUAUUAAAAUACACUUGGACUGUGUGUGUGUGUGUAUAUAUGUUUUAAAACUAUAUUUAACUUUUUCAGGCAGCAGGGGGACCUGUCAUUCCAGGCACUCCCCCGUCUGGCACUGCUAUGGUCGGCUAUUCAGUGCAUGUGAUCGUGAGGUCCUCGCAAGGACCUCUCGAUCACAUGGCCCAGGAGGGCCGAUUCAGCAGCAGGGGGUCUUCCUGAGAUGCCAGGUAAGUGGCCAGGACAGCGUAGACGUGCUAUGCCGUCCACCGGCGUUUAGAGCCGGGUCCCCAAGGACGGAAUAGCACGCCCGCCAUCCUUAAGGGGUUAAUAAAACUAUACAUUUUAUGGAAGUUUCUUGUCCAAAGAGUACGGCUAUUUUUCAGUGUAUAGUACUAAUUUAAAUAUUAGGAGGUACGACUUUUACUCGAUUUGUCAAACUAUGCCUUACUGUACAAUUAAAACCACGAUCUAGAUCUCUCAAUACUUGAGUUAAUUUGUCAUGAUAUGCCACUUGCAUGCUGGCGUGCACAAAUAAUAGGUGUUGCAAGUUUUUUAUAUAGAAGUCUUACUUUUCCCGUGCACAUUAAAAUGUAUUUAAUGGUUAGUAAAUGCCUCUGCUAUUGCAUGUUUUGCUGACCUAUUUAACUUGAAUUGGUAUGUCAUUUUGUCUGGCAGAUGAAGACUAUUAUGAAGAUGAUGAAGAGGAUGACCCUGAUGUGUUGAAGGAUCCUCUCUACCAGAUUGAUUUGCAGGUGAGAACAAAAAUCUCAUAUGACUUUAUUUGACUAUUCAGGACUGAUGUAGCCAUUCAGAGCUAUUACUGUGUUUGUAGGCCUUGUAAGUGUGUGUGUGUAAUUGUUUAAUUUUUUUAAAAUGUAUUUAUCUUUAAUUAAAUGCUAACUCCAAACACCAUGCCCACCCACUUCAGAGAUUUGAAGUAGUCAUGGAGCCUGUAUGUGCAGAGGUUUUUAGUAGGAAAUGCUGCACUUAUGGAGACUAUCCCCCUGUGGCUGGAGGUGUAACAGGAGUUCCAGGAUGGUUAACACCAAUUCUGUGCCAAAUAGUUAUCACACUAGCAUGGACAGCAUAUUGACACCAUGAAGCCAAUGUCUGGCUUCCCUCCUUUUUUCAGCCAAGAAGGAUCACACUGAGGUGGUACUAAGGGUAAAUUUAAGCUUUUUUUUUGUUGUUGUUGUUUCUCUUGUUGCGGGGGGACAUCAGUGUUUUAUAAAAAAAACAUUUGUAUCAUUCUGUCUGCUCAUAAUUUUUUUUUUUUCACCUUUUAGACUUAUUUAACAGAAUUUCUGCAGCAGUUUGCUCAGCAGCCAUGUUUCUCUGCAUUCUCUAAUCAUCUUAAUGACAAUGAGCGACGUAUUCUCCAAUCAAUUGGGAUCUGAGAUUAGAACUGUUCAGCGAUCUGGAUGUACUCUGUAACAACCCGUGACCAAAGCAGGUGCCAUUGGAAAGAGGGGAAAAAAAAACAAAAAGCAUUGAACUUUGUUGUGGCAUCUUUUGAGAAAGUUUUGAUGUUCAAAAGUGACUGAAACAGUGGAGCCUAAUGUGACUUUGUACAGUUGGUUCUAAUGUACUGUGAACUCAGUUGGAACUUUUAUUAAUCCAUUAUUUUUCUCCUGAAGUUGGUCCUGUGGUCGUUUGAGUUCAGUGCAGUUUUUGCAAGGUAUCUAUUUCACACUAACUUUAAGGGACAUUAUCUACGCUUGUGCGUAAAGAUAUAAUGCCCAGUUUUCAGAGUAGAAUAAGGUUGUAAAUACUUUUAGCAAGUUACACCUUCCCUUUGACAACAUUAGUAUAAAAUUAUUGGUGAUACUGUGACAUUUCUCCUAGUUCUUAUUCAAUGUUUCUCACAUUUACCAUACCAGCUCAAAUAAAAUUUAACAGUGCCUUGUCUAGUGAUGCAGUAUUAACACGAUAGACCAACCUGGUAGAGCAGGUACCAGAAAUGAAAAUCCGUUUACUAUUGAGCCCGAUCUAGAUUUCACUUGAGAAAUAUGCAACAAAUGCAAAUGUCGUCGGACGGAAAAAUGCUGAAGAAAGAGCAACUCCUUCAUCCUGCCUUUUUGGACUGUUAACUAUCCUGUUGUCACCUGGGCAUUCAGUGUGUUUAGGGGAAUAGGCAAAUGUCUAGGUGCACAUGAAAUGCACAUAUCUAGUUUAUUAACUAAAUGUGUGUUCACAUGCUCAGGACUUGACUGAUAUAACUGUAUGAUUAAAGUAAACAUUCAUGAAAUGUGGGGUCAAUGCCAAAGAUCUGGGCUUCACCUCAAAUGGCUCUUGGAUUUUAAAAGAAAAGAAAAUUGGAUCUUAAAUGCAUUUUGUUUUGAUUAAUUGUAGGUCACUGCAAUAGGUGAUUUGGAAAAAAACAAAACGAAAUUGCUUAUCUUAGUGCCACAUACAUGUGCUGUCACAAUACGUAUGUUUCCAUGCAAAAGAAGGGAUAACUAGAAGAACCUGCUCAGGAAAAUAUUUAGUGGUGAUCAAUCGAAUUCUGUUGUAUGCUCAAACAGGAUUAGAUGAGACUGUGAAGUUCUUGCAACAAGCUAUUUUAUGUAGGGAACCCUUAAAGACCACUGAAAAAUGUUAGACCUUGGUUCACCCUCCCAAAUGUAGAGUGACUUAUUUGUGUGUGUAAACCUUGGGUUCCUAUUGCAGAACAAUAAAUCCUUUCAAAAUAUCUUCUGACUUGUCAGAGAUGUGCAACUCAAAAGGGAUAUUGUAAUGGUGAAUACAUUGCUUUGAUUGAAGUAGAAUGUACACCAUAUAGUGAUAUUUCAUAGACUACUGCAGGCAUAGGGGCACUCCAGACGCUUUGGACUAUACCUCCCAUGAUGCUUUGCCAGCAUUAUGGGGAUGUAGUCCACAACAUCUGGAGUGCUGAUGGUUGCCUAUUACUGGACUAGUGCAUGGUCAGAAAUUGGUUUGGACGAAUCAGUUUGUCUAACAAAGGAAAAUUUGAUUGGUUUGAUCGAAAAUUUUUAGCAGACAAAUUUUUAACUUGAAAUUGUUUUUGAAAAAAUUAUUCAGACAAGUGAAAAUGAUAAAAUAUAUAUAUUUUUUUCUUUUCAGUACAUAGGCACAUUUUUCUGACAUUUGUGUCAUAGUUCAAGAUAAGUAACCAACAGAGGGGGGGAAGGUGGUAAGUAACCUUUGGCACUGCAGAUGUUCUGGACUACAGCUCCCCUAAUGCUUUUGCAUUGUAGUCCACAACACAGAGAAUGCAGAAGGUUGCCUAUCCCUGUUCUUUAUAUAAUUUUUUUUUUUUUUUUAAUUUGGGUGGUGGUGGGGGGGGGGAGGGGGGUGGAGGAAGUUGGUACUUUCCCCUUCCCCUCAUUUUUGUAGUACUGUCCACACAGGAAUUGUUCCAGGUCCCUCAAAAUGCAGGAAGCUCUAUAGCAGCAUUUGCUUAAGUGAGCAGACUGGCCACCCUCUUUGGGGCAGGCAUGCCUCCUUUGACAGGCACCAUCUAUGUGAUAGGCGAGUCCCCCCUCCUUUGACCUCUGUCCUGAAAGGCAGGCAGGUAUAAUUGGCAGUUAUGUUAUUGGCAGUCACCUAACCAUCAAUUAUAAUUUAUUUUUUUCUUCUCAUUAAUGUGUUUUUGUUUUGGUUUUUUUUAGGGGGGUUGGAUGGAAACUCAAAUCACGAAACAAACUGUGCGUUCGGUUGUUUCGUGAUGCAUUGAUUUGGUAGUUUAGAGUCAUAGAAUUCAAAAAAUUUACAAUUAUUUGGAAACCAAAUGCACAAAUAUAAUAUUUAAUGUCUAUUACCAUUGAUGUUUGAAAUAAAACUGCUGCUCGGCAAUCACCUAGUCUCUUGAGAAGUAGACCAUGAUGUAACUCUACAACAGAUAGAGAAUCUGUUAGAUGUAGAUAACUAAAAUGGAUCAGUGUAAUGCAAAUUGUGUAAGCAUUCUUACAGGUGGAUACACUGAUCAACACAAUAUUAAAAGUACUGAAAAGUGAAGUGAAUAAUAUUGAUUAUUUUCCUGUUGUAAAUGGCAGUACUGUACGAGUGGAUACGUCCCUCUAUGAAGUGGACAAGAGGCUCUGCAGUAAAGUAAAAAUAUUAACAUAAUCCCGCCUACUUACUCAUAAAAGACUGAUCCCUCCUUCCAUCCUCAGUUCUUCUUGUCCUGACAGCGGCAUGGACAAGACGCUCUAGAAAGGAUGGAUGACGCCAGGGAGAUGCAUACCCGGGAGGUGAGCUGAGUGGCUACCUUUCCAUUUAAUGCUACAGAACGCAAGUCGGGAAGGAUUAUUAAUGCCGGCAGGAGGAGGUCCCAGAGGCAGGCCAAGUGACUGCGCAACGCAGUUGAACGCACGCCCGGGUGUCCUUAAGUUCCGAUCGUGCAUGUGCGGAUCGGAGCUUUGAAAUUUGGUGUGAACAUUUUAAAAUGUAACAUAUAAAGCUGUACAGGACCCUACUGACACCAGGGGUGGUCAUUAGUAUUGGUUUAUCGUGUCACCAGCCCUCCCACAUUAAGUGAGGUUUUUGUUUUUUUAAGGUGAGUUUAAAAGUCUCUACUUUAAAAAUCCUCAUAAGUAAUGCUCUUUAGUAUUAAUCAUUUUCUUAAAUUUCAGAUAUAUCCAGUACUGCAUCCGCAGACAAG